AUGGACGGCAAGUACAGCAAUGGUGCAAUUUGCGUCAUGGACUGUGUCCUCACCUACAAAAGGUACGUCAUCCCAGUGCGCAUGCACUGAACGUUGUUAUAAUGAGUGAGGCUUGUGUUUGUGUGAGGAGCACUAACGCUUCUCUCCUACCGGUCAAUUAAUGGCCGAGCUCCACCAACACCUCGUGUUCUGUCAGAUUUCUGGAUCCAUCAGAAAUCUCCACUCACGUCAUAUCCAGCGCAGCCACAUUAUGUCCGCGGAUGCACUGGACACGAUGUGGAUGGUAAAAGCUCUAGCUAGGCCACUGCCUCUACGGAAGCACCAUUGCUGAGAAAUGCAAGUUCCUUAUGCAACCCCAAUUCCCUUUUUAUCUUUACUAUACAUGAACUCAUAUGUCUGAGUGUGGGUUAAAAAUUGUCUAGAAUGAGUGUGCUGCUCAGGUAGUGUGUGUUUUAGGAGGUGUGGGGAGCUGCAGUGAGUGUGUUGCUCAGGUAGUGUUUGUUAUAGGAGGUGUGGGGAGCUGCAGUGAGUGUGCUGCUCAGGUAGUGUGUGUUAUAGGAGGUGUGAGGAGCUGCAGUGAGUGUGCUGCUCAGGUAGUGUGGGUUAUAGGAGGUGUGGGGAGCUGCAGUGAGUGUGCUCCUCAGGUAGUGUGGGUUAUGGGAGGUGUGGGGAUCUGCAGUGAGUGUGUUGCUCAGGUAGUGUGUGUUAUACGAGGUGUGGGGAGCUGCAGUGAGUGUGCUGCUCAGGUAGUGUGUGUUAUAGGACGUGUGGGGAGCUGCAGUGAGCGUGCUGCUCAGGUAGUGUUUGUUAUAGGAGGUGUGGGGAGCUGCAGUGAGUGUGUUGCUAGGUAGUGUGUGUUAUAGGAGGUGUGGGAGCUGCAGUGGGUGCUGCUCAGGUAGUGUGGUUAUAGGAGGUGUGGGGCAGGUGAGUGUGCUGCUCAGGUAGUGUGAGGGAGGUGUGGGGAGCUGCAGUGAGUGUGCUGCUCAGGUAGUGUGGGUUAUAGGAGGUGUGGGGAGCAGUGCUGCUCAGGUGAGUGUACUGCUCAGGUAGUGUGGGUUAUAGGAGGUGUGGGGAGCUGCAGUGAGUGUGCUGCUCAGGUAGUGUGGGUUAUAGGAGGUGUGGGAGCUGCAGUGAGUGUGUUGCUCGGGUAGAGAUGAUCUAACUGGCAAAAAGCUGGCUAACUUCUUUAAAAAAAUAAAAAUAACAGCUACAACAACUAGUCAUAAUAAUGAACAUACCGUCUAUUUUUCAUUUAUUUAGUUUAGGGGAAUUGUGCUGUAAUACUGUUUGAAUUGAUAACUAGUUUGAGAUAUUUGGAUUUUGCUGAAUGUGGAGUUUAUAUAAAAGAUUCUGUCAUCGAGGUUCGUGUCACUGUGUUUCCCCCAAUUCCAUGAGUCACUCACAAAAUCCCCUCCUGAACUUUAGUAAAAAUAUCUUCUCAUAUUUCCUUUAUUCGGUGAUUAAAGCUGCUCCCAUCGCUGCCUAACCUGCUCGCAAAUGUAAUUGAUCAAUUUACAAAAAUGUACAUUAUCGAGCAAGCCAGCUAGUCUAAAAAUGAUUCAAUCAAGCAAAAUAAUGAAAUAAUUCAGAACAAUGCUUCUUUCCCCUUAACUCGUAUUCCUAUUGCGCACACGUUUACUGACAUUGUGAAAAGUGAUAACUUCCCCACUAUUUCAUAGUAUUUACUAAAGUAAUGGUUUUCUUAGUAAAUAUUGCCUGUUUUCACAUUACUUUCUAGUCUACAGAUUUACAGAAGAAACCAACGUUACGUUGGAAAUAAAACCAGAACCGAAACGAACACUUGUUUAAGAAAAAGUGUGAAAAACAAAACAAAACAAAAACAAAACAAAAGAUAAAAUCUGUUAGUCAUGAAAAAAAACAAACAGAUUUAAUAAAUUGCUCCAAAACUUUAAUGAAAAGCACUAGUGAAAGUGUUGGUGAUACUUCGAUGGAUCGCCCCCAGAAUGGCUGUACUUUAGAGAGAUAAUGGAAUCUUACUGUGCGUAUUUAAAGGGAUAGAAAUGCAGAACAAAAGAUCAGAGCACAGAGUAUCUUAUUCAAACAAUCAAAUAUCUGAUCAAUUAGUUUACACGGGAAUUGCUCAACCUUCAGAUCAGUGUCCUAUAUUUGCCUUUUUUACAGAAUGAUUAUAUUUGGAUUACCAUCCCUAUUUCAGUUUUUGCAGUUUGUCCCAUUGGCUGUGUGUAAUGUGAUUGCCGUCGUUUGUCCCGUUGGCUGUGUGUAAUGUGAUUGCCGUUGUUUGUCACGCUGACUGUGUGUAAUGUGAUUGCCGUCGUUUUCCCGUUGACUGUGUGUAAUGUGAUUGCCGUCAAUGUACAGCACUCUGCACAGUGUCACAAUACACAGGCUGCGCACAAAGAGAGGAUUAGAAGUGGUUCCAGUAAGUAGUUUAUAGCUAGGGAGAUCGUGCCAGGGUAACUAAGGCGCUCCCAGUUUACACUUUACAUUUUAUUUAUGUAGGAUUGGCUUUUAAAGGUACAGUCACUCUUUUUUCCUAAUUAAUGAGAGGUGGCCAAACAAUCAAUAUCCCAAAAAUCUAUAGGAACAGAUAAGGGGUAAUUCUAUAAAAAUUGGUUAUAAAGCGAGGAAAAACAGAACUCUGUUCCAACUAUUGCUGUCAUAACAUUCAGUUGAAAUAAAUGAUAAUUGGUUAAAAAUCUAGAAGAUACUUAAUAAACCCUGGCUAUGACUGCCUGACUCAGUAAAAGAAUCGAUUUCGGCAGUACAAGCAAAAGAGUACAAAAUAAGAAAUGAAUAAAAAAUGAAAAGAUUAAACAUAUCUCAAUAACAUAUCAAUAAGACAAGACUAAGUAGAAAAGAUCGCCAUAGCGAUAUCAAUCCGUGUCUUAGGGCAGGGGUAGGCAAGCUUUUAGCAGCACUGUGCCGAUAUAGGAUUGUGAUGUCCCGUAGCGUGCCGGUCCUAUUUUUUUAAAUUGAGGUGUGCAUGUUGCCGUAUUCUGCUUGUGUUAUUUAUACUGCAGUUGCUUUGUAUUGUUGUAUUUGUGCGUAUAUGAGCUAUUAUAUUGUAUAUGUUCAUGAGUAGUUUGUGGUAUCGUGUCCCUAUGAAUGUGGGCUGUGUAUAGGGGCUGCUUGUGGAAUUGUGUGUGGAUGGACAUGUCACAUUGUGUGUUUGGUAGUGUGUGUAUGUGUGGGACUGUUUGGGGUAUUGCAUGUGAGAGACUGCAUGUGGGUUUGUGUGUAUGUAUGUGGAUUGUUAGUGGUGUUACGUCUGUGCGGAUUGUACGUUUGUGUGUGGGCUGUUCGUAUUAUUUGUAUGAGGUGAGGGUUAUUCUGCAGCUCUCUGUAUAUCUAGCAGUGUGGGUGGCUUCCCUGGGGUCCAGUGGGGACCAGGCUGACCAGGUACAGGUCAAGGACCGGAGCUGCAACAGCAGCUGAGGGCUGUUGUACUCCAGUGUGGAUUCCUAUUCACAAGUGCUGGAAUUAAGCAAUCUGUGAUCACUUCCUCUAUGUGCUGCAAUGCAUAAAUUGAGGAUUGUCCUUCACCACCUUUUCAUAUUAGCAGAUAUCUGAAGUUUCACUGGGUCUCCUGAUAGGCCAGAGCAAGCCUUGAGUGCCGUGCAAAGACACCUUGAGUGCCGUGCAUGGCACAUGUGCCAGGUUGCCUACCCCUGUCUUAGGGAAUACAAUAAUAGAUCCCAAUAGAAUCAUCUAGUUAGUUUGGAAACAGAUACCCUCUAAAUAUGCAGCAUAGAUCGUCUAGUAAGCAACAAUGUAUCAAGGAGAAAUCCCAAAUCCGAUGCGAUGUUGUCUCCAUAUAGUAACAGUGAAUCCACUGCGAUAUAAAAUAGCCGUACAAAAUAACUAGAGGGACUGCUGCUCAAAAAGACAGUCCGAAACCACUUAGUCUAUGAUGAGAGCAUAUGAAUAUCCUACCUGCUAAUAUUAACUUUAUCCUCCGGCCACUAAGUCAAGGGCAUAUUUAAUAUAAUUUACAUAAGAAUAAAGUAAUGAGUAUAACAAAAGAUUACUAUGAUCUAUACAAAGAUAGUGUUACAGAUAUAGGUACACCCACAAACGAACUCCAUAAUCUGUGUCCGUAAUCACAUUGAUGAUAAUAAGAUAUCAAGAUAUAGUAUGAAAUGAUUGGAAAGGUGCCUUCGUGGGCACCUAGUAUAGAGACAUUAUAUUAGCAGAAAAUAAGAUGGUAUAAUUGCUAAAUCAUACUGCUCCUAACACCCUGAUCAGUCACUCGUCUAUCUGUGAUGCCCAGAUGGCUGUCAGCCAACUAGAUUCAUCGGGUGCCUCAAUGGCUAUUAGAUGUAGCUAUUAGAUGUAGCCCAUGGUCCAAGUCCGCCACGUAAAAUGAAGGUGCCCGAAAACACAGAAGACCGAGCUAGAAUAUAACAGUAGAGUGGCACAUAUCGAGCCCCCACGCGCGUUUCGCCUUGAGUUAGAGGCUCAUCAGGGGGAACUCAUUCACCACUUUCCCGGGUUUAAAAAGCCCGCCCCUGAAUCUAAUUGGUUACUGAUAGAAUCAGGGCAUGUAAGUGAGUACGGUGGUCGAGAUGACUCAAAAAGAUGAAAAGUAGCCAGACUAGAUGGUGAUCUCCAAAAUCGGCAUAGUUAGAAACAGGUCUGAUUGUCUAAUGCCAAUAUAAUCUAAUCAUCAGGUGAACUUAUAGAUAAAUAAAUAUCUUAUAAUAUGGAUUGCAAGUCUAAUGUAACCCUUAUUAUAGUAAAUUGAAACAUGAAUAAGUAAUCCACUUUUGUAUAAAUCAACAAUCAGAAUCACAUAUAUGAUGGUCUAUGUCAUCCAUAAAAGUCUAGACUAACUUAUCAUCCCUGUUGAUGAUCACUGUAAUGCAACUUGUAAAAAGUCAUCCUAAGAAGAAUAUCUGUAGGCCAAUAUGCCAAUUUCAAUGUUAUUAGGUAGUGGAGUUUUUGGUAUAGCGAUAACAUAAUGCUAAAACAACAUUAUAUCUUGCCAGGUUUAACAAGAUAAUCCACAGAUAGUAAGUACAGUCACUCUUUUUUCCUAUAUACGAUAUUUAUCCAAGUGUCCAUUUCUGAGACGGAAGAUAAGGAACGUUAUUGAAUAAAAGUGAUAUUACUUUACAGAUUUCUUACCCCUUUUAACCGAUAGGAGGAGUAGAGCCAGUAAGUAUUUUUCUAUUUCACUUGAAGAUGAAAGCGAGUGGUUGCCAGCACUGGAUUUUGUGACUUGCCAUAUCCCCUCUGUAUUUUGGGUGUAUUAUUGGGUUGUACAUUUACACUUUAGAUUUAUUGUUAAAGCCCUCCCAUGGUCUGUGGGGUGCAGCCAUAUCGGUUCCAGACCAGUCGUUGAAAGAAUUUCUCAAGGACUUCGCUAAAACUUUGUAUAUUUAUAGAAUGAAUGAAGAUGAUUUCCAACCAGGAGCUUUUAUUACUUCAAGAAACCCUUGACCUUGACUUGCAAAUCAUGCAGAUCUCCUGAUCGUUACUAAAGGUCCAACCUGGUGCCCAUUGCUGUAUUCAUAAAUUCUCUUUAUCACAUUGACCUUUUCUCACCAGACGUAGCUCGAACUCUCCCACAUUUCUACAAUUCUCUACCAAACUCAGAUUAUUUCCCCUCCUAUCAAACAGGUAGGUGCCAAGGUGUGCUUCUAAAUUUUAAAAAAAAUCUCUAUAAAACUAUCUCUGGAUCCAUUUAGUUCAUUCUGCGAUACAUUUUCAAAGAGUGCAAUAAAUCAGUAAUACAAUUUAGAGGAUAAUUUCUUCCGGUUGUCCACCAUAACGCAAUGUGCCAUGUGAAGCAAUGGCCAUCAGUCUAGCCAACAUCUCUCUGAAGCAAUUUGAGCCAAACCCCAAUUAUCGCGUAAAUCGACCGGUACAGGUUCAAAUCCCUGUUAGACCAUCUCACUAGUUUUCUCUGGGCAAGACACCCAACGAUAUAUAUCCAGCUACCUCAAAGCCUCAUAGAUUAUAAGCUUGUUUAAACAGGACAAUCUCUAGAUCUAAUAUCACCCUUUCUAUCAGUGAAAAGCUCUGCCGAAUAUGUUGCCAAUAAUAAUCAUAUUUCCAUCAGAGCCCGGAAUAUCUGAUAUUAAUCUUCACCUUAUAAUUAAACAUACGGCUAAUUGACGCCUGAUGUUCCCUCAGUCCUCCCAGCCCCCUCCGCCCACCCGCCCCCCGACAAGGCUGGCUCUGUCACCCAGUACUGAGAGAAUGCACGUCUCACCACGCUCACUGUGCCCUUAGAGUUAAAUUCAGGGCAUUGUAAGUUCAUACACGUAUUCUAAAGGAACAGGUAAUGUGGAAGCCCAGCUGGACAGCCUGUCACCUGGAUUAAAUACACUCCACAAUAGAAAAACUACAUUCCAGAAUUCAGACUAAAAUAUUCAGGGUUUGACUAGAACAGAACUAGGGAAUUUCUUCAGAUCACCAAUAUUAGCACAAGGUUUGUGGUUUGGUUUUCAAUUUACUGUGUAACGUCUUUCGAUGCCCAAUGGUGGCCACUAAUGUCACCCAGACCAUUUCAUCUCAAUGCAGUGGUGACUCAACCCGACUUGGCCAGGGAGCUGCGAGACCAUGUAUUAUAGUCGUGAUAUUGAUAGUGUAAUAAUCCUGCAAAACUACCCUGUAUCAGAGGGUAUUCAUAAGCUGGGGCAAGGCCAGUGACCUGUUUAUUGUGUGUCUUAUUCCAACCAAUGCUGGCCCACUGACAAUAGCGGAGGAAACCCCUUCGGGACCCCAGUAAAGGGGUUAAAAAUAAAUACUUUUGAUUUAAAAUAAUUAAAUUAGAUUUUCAAAAUUAGCACAGCCGGGGUAUUACUGGUGUCCCUCGGACAGGAUAUGAUUUUGCCAGAUUACUGGUGUGGGCUGCUAUUAAUGCUAGCAAGUAAAUGGUAUUCUGGUCCCAUUGCAAGACUGAUUCUUGAGAAGUCCAGAGCAGGAUAAGGCGACCAUAGGCAGCCGCCUAGGGCCCAAUGGUUAGAUAGGGGACUCGGAACAAUGAAUUUGCUUGGCCACAACCGUAUGUGAAGACUGAAGAGGGGCCCCAAACUAGUAAUUUGCCUGGGGCCCCAAACUAGUAAAUUGCCUGGGGCCCAGAGGGGUAAUGAUCCUUUUCUGGAAAACUCAUUGAUUUCUAGAGGUGUUCUUGGACAAGGAACGUUUCUUUAUGGCGAGCGCAUGAAAAGGGCUGCCUGGUUAACAUGAGGAAGAAAUGGAAUUCAUUAAACACGACAGGUCCCUCUGGUUCCCCUCCUGCAACAUAUGAAUUGAACAUUCUGCCAGGGAUCGCUUUUCAUGAACUGCACAACAGUGCCAAACAAGUGCUGCUCCAAGAAAAAACAGGUGAUCCAGUAAAGGUAGUGUGUACACACAAACACAACACGCAUGCACACACAAACACAACACGCAUGCAAACACAACACGCGCACACAAACAUACACACACAAACACAACCUCAAACCUUUGAUUUAAAAGUACAGUUCGACCUCUACAAGCCGCUUCACUGGAAACAUCUGGUGACAUAAAUUAGGAAGAGGCCCCCCAAUUUCCGUCGACCAGAAUCUUUACACGCAUAUAUUUACUGCACCCCACAUCUGUAUCAUAUUGCAUGGGCUUAGGGAAGAGGACCCUGAACAGUCAGAAUUAUCUAAGUAAGAUACCAGAUGCAUGAAGGUACAGAGAGUGAAAGGAUAGGGGGAGGGAGAAUUUAAAUUCUGUAAAUAAAGAGCUCUCCUCCUCUGCCUGAUUCUCAUUGUGAGUGCACUCCUGCAGAGUAAGGAACAGCCUGGCUCCACUGCCAAAAUCUGGAUAAAGGUAUGUAGCAAUGGUAUGCUCCAAUACUCUUUCAUUAGCAAAACCUGGCAGGAUCUUUGUAGACUGGAGACCUACUUAACCCUUUAAUGACCAAUGAUAUGUCAUGUUAGCAAGGGAUCUGCCUGUCAUAUGGUCAGUGAGGGGUUAAACAAUAUCAUGUGAAGUCCUUCAUUGCUGCAGAAGGGGUUCCCCACUGAAAUGUGAGUUUCUGUCUUAGUUGUUCUAAUGAUGGAUGGAUGGUUAUUGAUCUCUGCAGCAGGGGUCACCAUCUAUUACUGAACUACAAAUCCCCUAUUGGUUUGCUUGUCUUCAGGUUUGCUGAGCGUCAUGGGAAUUAUAGGUCUACCAAUGCUGGGAAUUCAGACUGAGAAAAAUAUGCCAUUAUUAAUCAAUGCUUGUAAACAAUGUAUCAGUGUCUGUUACUGGGAGCUCCCUGCAAGGUUCCCAGAGCUCCCAUGUUCCCAUGGUUACUGCUCACAGAGCUCCCUGCAAGGUUCCCAGUGCUCCUGUGUCUCUAUGGUUACUGCUCACAGAGCUCCCUGCAAUUUUCCCAGUGCUCCUGUGUCCCUAUGGUUACUGCUCACAGAGCUCCCUACAAGGUUCCCAGAACUCCAGUGUUCCCAUGGUUACUGCUCACAGAGCUCCCUGCAAGGUUCCAGUGCUCCAGUGUCCCUAUGAUCACCGCAAGAGUCCUAGUGUCCCCAGUAUCCCCAGGGUUACCUCAUAACAUCUUCACUGGUUACAUACACACAUCACUAAAUUGCAAAUUGUGGUAAACUGAAAAGUCAGUCCAAAAUAGCAGAUUUGGAAAAACUAUUUUAUAUAACUUAAAUUAAAAAUAUAUCAUCACCGCCUAUUGUAGUCAGACUUUUGCACUUCAUGUUUAAUUCACUAUGAUUCAGACCCCCAGAGCGGCUGAUUUCAGCUUACAUUUGGGGAGUGGGUUGUGAACUUAUCGCAAUUCAUUGUUUAGUAGACAAACCCCCAAGUAACGGAGGGAUUCUAUUACUGUAUUCAGUAAUUAAACGGUUUCUUCAUGGAAUUUUUUUUGUCAAAUCUUGUUUUACUAUUCUGUAGGAAGUUCUGAAAGUCUAUUUAUACCGUUACUGUGCGUUUACAUUUUCACAGUUUUCUGAUAAAGAAAAUGUAAAGUUUUCUCGCGUUACCUUCUCGCCAUCCUUCGUACGUGGGUUACAAGAAAUCUGGGGUGAUGGUGUAGAUUUUCAGUCAGUCACCUGGGGACGUGACAGAGUCAGAAUCAUUCACUAAACAGCGAGUUUUGGUAAAAUUACACAUUUACAAAUUUAGCCUAAAAAACAGCAGAGACAGAAAAAUAAUCUUUCAACAUCUUCGAUUGAAUUCCUUUGGAUAAACGAUCUAAACUCUUUAUCUUCUACCGUCACCAUUAAACUCUACGGGAAUUUUUGUACAUAAACAGUUUGAAAAGUUUUUCCAACAGGUUUGAUUCAUUUGGAAAAGACUAUAAAAUGGUUAAAGGCGUUAGAUUGAUGUUGACUGCAGGUCACGGUUUAGUGAAAAAUUAGGUUUAUAAUUAACUAGUGACAAAAAUAAAAUACUCUUUCUAUAUGUGUCCCAUGCUGGCAAUCUUCUACAAAUAUUGAUUGUUAUUUUAUAAACAUGGCGGAGUUAUAUUAAUAUAUGUAUGUGCAACAGUUUGAUAAAGUUUUUAGUGAUACUUUGGAAAAUGAUUUAUAGACUCCAUUGCUAAACAGGAAUAACUCCAAUACGGCUGGUUAUAGGUCUAGUAAUCAGCCAUAUGAAUAAAAUGUUCACCUAUAAAGUACUUAGAUGUAGCAAAUGCCCCCUUAGAUGUAGCAAAUGCCUUUAACAAUUAUUUUGUCGGAUGCUCUACUGCCCUGAUUGCUAAGCUAAUAAAUGACACGCAUCCUGAAACUACAAAUGUGGAUCAGGCCCCACUAAAUUUGCAAAGGCCCAAUAUAGACAAGUUCAUUUUUAGACCUUUACCUAUUAGUGUCAUUAAGAAACACCUUAAUAAUCUAAAAAUGAAAAACCAGUCUGGACCUGAUCAAAUCCCAGCAAUGCUGUUGAAGCUCAGUGCACCGGCAAUUCUAAACCCGUCGCAACUCUAAUUAACGAAUCCUUGGUGUCUGGAUACAUUCCCAAACUUUGGAAGACUGCGAGAGUAGUGCCUAUCCAUAAAAGCGGGGACACUACUUCGGUUUCUAACUAUCGCCCAAUAUCCUUGCUCCCAGUAUUGUCAAAAAUCUUAGAAAAAUGUGUCCAUACGCAACUUUGUGAGUACUACCAACAAUCAGACUACCUGACCCCUGAUCAAUCGGGCUUUCGCCAGAAUCACUCCACUACAAUUGCCCUCUUAAGAGUUUGCAAUGACAUCCAAACUGGCAUGGAACAAGGAGACCUAACUGGAGCUAUUUUCCUUGAUUUUGCAAAGGCCUUUGACACAGUAGACCACGACAUUCUACUGCACAAACUCAAAAACUCAGGUAUUGGUGAUCGUUCGCUAACCUGGUUUCAAUCAUAUGUGUCGAAUCGCUCGCAAUAUGUGUCCAUUUCUGACAGCGACUCCCUCCCUCUCCCAGUUACGUGUGGUGUUCCCCAAGGUUCCAUUCUCAGCUCCCUACUAUUUACAUUAUUUAUAAAUGAUCUGCCUAAUGUCUGCCAAUCCUCAAAUGUACACAUGUACGCAGAUGACACGGUAAUCUAUGCGAGCAAAUCCCAUCUACCGCAGCUUGGAGGCUGUGCUCCAAGACCAGUUUACAGAGGUAGAAAAGUGGAUCGCAAAAAACAAACUCUUCCUAAACACUGACAAAACUGUCACAAUGAUCUUUGGAACAGUACCUAAACUACACAAAUUUCACAAUUCCCACCUAUCCAUCAAAACAAAUUCAAAUGGCUCACUGACUGCAGUCCCCUCUUUCAAAUACUUGGGUAUGUUGUUAGACCCCAAUCUAUCUUUUGGCCUGCACAUAGAAAAGCUUGCAUCUAAGCUUUAUCCAAAAUUAGGUGCCCUGUACAGAAACAAAUCCUGCCUAAGCCCUACAGUAAAGGAAAAGAUUGUACAACAAAUGCUGAUGCCAAUCAUUGAUUAUGGGGAUGUAGUAUAUGCAUCUGCAUUGAAUUCCCACAUUAAUAAACUCAACACAUUGUAUAACUCGAUCUGCCGAUUUGUGCUACAAUGUAAUUACAGGACCCACCAUUGUGACAUGCUAAAAGAAAUAAACUGGCUGUCACUGGAAUCCAGACGCACUCUUCAUCUAUCCAGCAUUGUGUUUAAGAGCUUUUCUGGAAAACUCCCACCCUACCUGAACACAAUGCUUUCCUUGGCUGUUCCCACCUCCUAUAGCCUCCGAUCCAGUAGCAGCACUUUAUUUAUUCUACCUCAAUACAAAAAGAAAGCGGCCCGAUCCUCCUUCUCCUACAGAGAGCCGCAAUUGUGGAACGACCUCCCGCACACUUUAAAAUCUUCCCCCAGCCUAAAGUCCUUUAAGAGAUCCCUCUCUACAUACCUAAAAACAGAAUGCACCUGUCAUGGGUGAUUAUAGGUUUCCUACCUGUUCUAUGGUAAAUUUUACUUGUCUGCAAAAUGUGGGCUGUUUUGGAACAAACAACCCGGUCAAUGUUUAAAAGGAACAUAAAUAAAAUAACUGAAGGGGAUGCAGCCUGUUUUCCCUAUGAAGUCGCCAUUGCAUGCGCAGGACUCCUGCAGGGGUCAUACUUGUAGGCUCUCUGCAGCUAAUGCACAGAGUGGAAAGUAGGAGUCCCUGCACGUGCAGAAAUGUCUUUACUUUCAUCUCUCCGGGAAUAAGAGAGACACUAGGCACUAGGAAGGGGAGGCCAUGUCUUAAAGGGACACUUACUGCUUACUGUUUAGUAGAUAUGCGCCCAAUUAAACAUGCAUGCAUUUAAAUAUGUAUUUUUUUUUAAUAGGAGUGAUGUCUAACAGCUUGCAAAACAUGCAGUUCUCUUGUCUGCAGCCUUUGCAAGCCCUCCCCUUCUAACUCCGCCCAGACUUUCUGUGUCUGUCCAAUCACAGACUUCCCAAUGCAGAUCAAUGAGUAGUCUUUAUGAGGCAGGUGCUCUGGGCAAUUGCUGCCUCUUGAAUUUAUCUCCACUGAGCUAAAUAAACCAGGAAGUAACAGGACUGGGUAUCUGAUUGACAGCCAGGGGGUGUGACAAGGUUAAUUUAUAAAAGUGUCAAUUUCUAUUGAAAUCUGCACAUUGUGUAAAAUGAAAUUAAGAGGACACACUCUUCACACAUUAAGUACUUCAGUUAGCUAAAAACUAAGGAUGUCAUCGUGCUGUAUGUAAACAGGCCACAUGAUUGCAAGCGCAGAGGGGUGUGUCUUAUACAGACAAAAUGGCUGCCUACAUGCAAGAAUUUCAGAUUAAGCAUGAUCUACUAAAAACCGAUCAUCCUUUACAAACUGUACCACGAUACACUCUGCACAACUCAUAUCAUUAUACUUUGCCAACAACCAUUCAUUCCUUGUGCAUCCACUGUGUGACCUUAAACAGGUAAAUACAAAUUAACUAAUACCCAAGCUCUAUAUUGUAAAACCUUUAGCCCUUUACAUACCUCCCAAGUGUCCCACUAUAGGAAGGACAGUCCCGUUUUAGCCCAAAUCUCUCUGUCCCUGUAUUCUCUCCUAAUGUCCCUCUUUUCUAGGAGCUCCAUAUUGCUGUUGUGUCUGAGUAUAUAACAGAGCUCCACAGCAAUAAUACUCCCAGUAAUGUGUCUGAGUGUAUAACAGAGCUCCACAGCAAUAAUACUCCCAGUAAUGUGUCUGAGUGUAUAACAGAGCUCCACAGCAAUAAUACUCCCAGUAAUGUGUCUGAGUGUAUAACAGAGCUCCACAGCAAUAAUACUCCCAGUAAUGUGUCUGAGUGUAUAACAGAGCUCCACAGCAAUAAUAUUCCCAGUAAUGUGUCUGAGUGUAUAACAGAGCUCCACAGCAAUAAUACUCCCAGUAAUGUGUCUGAGUGUAUAACAGAGCUCCACAGUAAUAAUGCUCCCAGUAAUGUGUCUGAGUGUAUAACAGAGCUCCACAGCAAUAAUACUCCCAGUAAUGUGUCUGAGUGUAUAACAGAGCUCCACAGCAAUAAUACUCCCAGUAAUGUGUCUGAGUGUGUAACAGAGCUCCACAGCAAUAAAGGAAGGCGGAGGCGAUAAGAAUGACAAACUGCACCACAUGAAAGCACAGACUCCAGAGCUGCUGUAUAAAUAAUGAACGUUGUACCGUAUGUACAGCACUGAAAUGUCAUCAAAAAAUCCCAACUAAAACAAAUCCAUUUCCAUCCUUUACCAAGACUGAUGGUCUAUUUGGACACGGCUGAUAGGCCACAGAAUUCAUUAUUUGCUUCCCACAUUCAUGGGAGGUCUGGGAAAAUAAAUACAUGUGUAGAGAAUUAUUAUUAUUAUAAUUUUUUACAUUUUACAAAAUAAAUUAAAAAAAAAAUAAUCAGAAAUUAACAUUUUUGAUUUUGAGAAGACAUUUUGGGGCAAAGUUCCAAAAUUAGAGGAAUUCACAGGAACAUUCCAUUUGUUCACUUUGAGAAUUUUGCCCCAGAAUUACUUUUUUAUUAAUAACCCAUUAAAUUCUAGAGGUUAACAUAAAGUAAUCUAUAUUAAUUUCUAUGAGAUUUAUAAUUCAUAUUUUAACCCUUUUGUGUAAAUGGAGUACUUUAGCUAAUUUCAGAUCCUUACUUCCAUUUAAUGCCAGAGGUCAUUUUGAAAUCUUGCCCUAUAAAUGCAUAGAAAUAAGAAUUCUCAGAUAUCACAGCAGUCACCCUUACCACAGUCACCUGAUCUCGCACGUCUUGGGCGAAUUAGUGACUUCACAUUAACAACCACAAAAUGGGACCCAGAAACAGAACGGCAUUAUAAAAUAACCCGCACAAAAUGGGACCCAGAAACAGGGAACGGCAUUAUAAAAUAACCCGCACAAAAUGGGACCCAGAAACAGGGAAUGGCAUUAUAAAAUAACCCGCACAAAAUGGGACCCGGAAACAGGGAAUGGCAUUAUAAAAUAACCCGCACAAAAUGGGACCCGGAAACAGGGAAUGGCAUUAUAAAAUAACCCGUACAAAAUGGGACCCAGAAACAGGGAAUGGCAUUAUAAAAUAACCCGCACAAAAUGGGACCCAGAAACAGGGAAUGGCAUUAUAAAAUAACCCGUACAAAAUGGGACCCAGAAACAGGGAACAGCAUUAUAAAAUAACCCGCACAAAAUGGGACCCAGAAACAGGGAAUGGCAUUAUAAAAUAUCCCGUACAAAAUGGGACCCAGAAACAGAACGGCAUUAUAAAAUAACCCGCACAAAAUGGGACCCAGAAACAGGGAAUGGCAUUAUAAAAUAACCCGUACAAAAUGGGACCCAGAAACAGGGAACAGCAUUAUAAAAUAACCCGCACAAAAUGGGACCCAGAAACAGGGAAUGGCAUUAUAAAAUAUCCCGUACAAAAUGGGACCCAGAAACAGAACGGCAUUAUAAAAUAACCCGCACAAAAUGGGACCCAGAAACAGAACGGCAUUAUAAAAUAACCCGCACAAAAUGGGCUAAGUAAAAUUUCUAAGUGUCCCGUGCGAGUACAACGUGUUUGUGUAAAAAAAAAAAAAAAAAAAAGAUAUUGCACAUUUACAUGUAUGGACUUUACUUUGGGCUCUUUAUAUGAAUGUGCAUUGUUACAAGGACAGGCUAGUGAACUCCAGGCAGAAGGCAAGCGGAGUAUGUCGCUCAGACACAUCUCGUCUAACUAACCGAAAAAUGUCAUUAAAUAACACAUGAUAUUACAAGACAGUUAUACAUCUGCAUCGCUUGGCCAAUACAGCUACUGCAGAGCAAGAAACACCCCAGUGGCCAGUGCCCAGUGGUACUGCAAGGGCAGAGUUCACAGGUCAGAUUCCUUGAAUUACAACAUGGCAAUGAGACAUUUGCCUCCUACUUGUUAUCUCUCAACCCCUGUGAUUUAGGCACAUAUGGCUAGACGUACUUUAAGGGUAAUUGGUAGCAGGUGUACAGAUCAGACACAGCUGUCCUCGGCACUGCAGAUGUCUGAACUACAUGUCCCAUGAUGCAUGUCCACUGUUUAGGGAAAAGCAGUUUAUGCAAAUACAAAAAGAUAAGUCCUGCACUCACUCCCAUCACUACUGGGCCGGCAGCAAUGACUACAGUACACAUCAGCCCCAAUAUAUAGUAAAACACAAAGAAAAGAAAAAGUUACCUGCGCUCUCUCCUUAAUCCCUAUGUAUAUUUAGACAAACAGAGGUCAUUUAGUUGCUCCAAUGGCCAUUGGAGGCAAUGCCCGCCUGCCAACGUCAAGGCAGACCCCACUAAAGUGGGUCCUACACUGACCCUUCCAAUGGCCAUUGGAGCAACUAAAUGACCUCCAUUUGUCUAAAUGUACAUAGGGAUUAAGGAGAGAGCAGUUUAUGGACGUCUGUACAGGGCUAUUCAUUAAAAAUUAGGAUUGUCAGGAAUUCAAAGUGAAUUAGUGAAACUGGGCAAAGACAAUUCUCACCUUAGCGAAUAACUCAGUUUAUUUCCCAAAUCAAAUAAUCUGUACUGCAGAACAAUUUAAUAAAAGAACAAUUACUCAUAUAUCAUCCUUAGUAAUUUGUGCUCCUAAUAUCUGUUAUUUCUUAUUUUAGGGUUCCAAGAUGGGGUCUGAGUCCAAGCAUACCUACCUGCUGGUGCUCCUGGCGGCCUCUCUCAUUUCCAUUAUACUCGCCCUUAUCCUGAGAUUGGCUAAUAAUGUUGAAGUAACCCCGCCCCCUGGGGAGAAGGUAAUACCGCCCCUGUGGAACCUCCACAUAUAAAAUCUCUCUGGAUACAUUGAAUACACUUCCUGACAUGGAGUUCCCACAGGUUAUGGUAUCCAAUAGGAUCCAUGCCUGUGAUAAUCAAUGGCACCCUGAGGAAAUGUCAUGUUUGUUUAUGGUAGACAGACUUCAAUUCGAAAAGGAUACAACUAUUUAGAGAGAGCACGCAGAGGGGAAAAUAAAACAAAAAAAAUGGGAGAAAGACAGAACAAUCAAUAAAACACACAAAUAUAAUCAGAUACAUGACAUUUCAAUAAAAAAUGACAAACAUUAAAGGCCAAAUAAGAUAAAUGGGCAGACUCGAUAGUGGCUCUUAUUUGCCAUUAAUUCCUGGAUUAUAAUAAAACAGCACACACGGAGUCCAGACUUCUAGGUGGGUUUUAGUUAAGCUAUUCUUUUUGCACAUAUAGGGUUAGAUACAAGGGAUGGGGUCAGACUUUUUGGAAGGAAGGGAAGUAUCCUGGAAUCGUGUGUUAGUGAGAAGUCGGAUCUCAUGGGGAGAGGAGCUAUACAGGUAAUACUCGAAAAAUUUGAAUAUCAGGCAAAAGUUCAUUUAUUUCAGUAAUGCAACGUAAAAGGGGAAACUAAUAUAUGAGAUAGACACAUUACAUUCAAAGCAAGAUAGUUCAAGCCGUGAUUUUUCAUAAGUGCGAUGAUUAUGGCUUACAGCUCAUGAAAACCCCAAAUCCACAAUCUCAGUAAAUUAGAAUAUUACAUGCAAUCAAUAAAACAAGGAGGGUACAUUGAACAAUAUCGGACCUCUGAAAAGUAUAACCAUGCAUAUGGACUCAGUACUUGGUUUGGGCCCCUUUUGCAGCAAUUACUGCAUCAGUGCUGUGUGGCAUGGAAGCUAUCAGCCUGUGGCACUGCUGAGGUGUUAUUGAAGACCAGGAUGCUUCAAUAGCGGCCUUCAGCUUUUCUGCAUUGUUCGUCUCAUGUCUCUCAUCUUUCUCUUGGCAAUGCCCCAUAGAUUCUCUAUUGGGUUCAGGUCAGGCGAGUUUGCUGGCCAAUCAAGCACAGUAAUCCCACGGUCAUUGAACCAGGCUUUGGUGCUUUUGGCAGUGUUGGUGCUGGAAAAUGAAGUCAGCAUCCCCAUGAAGCUCGUCUGCGGAAGGAAGCAUGAAGUGCAAAAUCUCCUGGUAGACGGCCGCGUUGACCCUGGACUUAAUGAAGCACAGUGGACCAACACCAGCAGAUGACAUGGCUCCCAAAUCAACACAGACUGUGGAAACUUCACACUGGACUUCAAGCAUCUUGCAGUGUGUGCCUCUCCAUUCUUCCUCCAGACUCUGGGUCCUUGGUUUCCAAAUGAGAUGCAAAAGUUGCUCUCAUUAGAAAAGAGGACUUUGGACCACCGAGCAACAGACCAGGUCUGUUUUUCUUUAGCCCAGGUAAGACACUUCUGACAUUGUUUGUUGUUCAGGAGCGGCUUGACAAGAGGAAUAGGACAUCUGAAGCCCAUGUCCAGGAUCCGUCUGUGUGUGGUGGCUCUUGAUGCACUGACUCCAGCUUCAGUCCACUCCUUGUGAAAGUCCCCUACACUUUUGAAUGGCCUUUUCCUGACAAUCCUCUCCAGGCUGUGGUCAUCCCUGCUGCUUGUGCACCUUUUUCUUCCACACUUUUCCCUUCAUCAUAACUUUCUAUUAAUGUGCUUUGAUACAGCACUUUGGGAACAUCCAACUUCCUUUGCAAUUACCUUUGAGGCUUUCCCUCCUUAUGGAGGGUGUCAAUGAUGGUUUCCUGCACAACUGUCAGGUCAGCAGUCUUCCCCAUGAUUGUGAUUCCUACUGAACCAGACAGAGCCCAUUUAAAGGCUCAGAAACCCUUUGCAGGUGUUAUGGCUUACUUAGCUGAUUAGAGUGUGACACUGUGAGCCUAGAAUAUUGCACCUUUUCACAAUAUUCUAAUUUACUGAGAUUGUGGAUUUGGGGUUUUCAUGAGCUGUAAGCCAUAAUCAUCGCACUUAUGACAAAUCACGGCUUGAACUAUCUUGCUUUGCAUGUAAUGCGUCUAUCUUAUAUAUUAGUUUCCCCUUUUACGUUGCGUUACAGAAAUCAAUGAACUUUUGCCUGAUAUUCAAAUUUUUCGAGUAUCACCUGUACUUGUAAAAUAUCUUUCUUCUCAUCUCUUUUUCCACGCAGUAUGGAAUGGUAUUCGACGCCGGCUCCUCGCACACAUCACUGUUUAUUUACAAAUGGCCGACGGACAAACAGAAUAACACAGGAGUGGUGAGCCAGGCGCAUGUCUGUGACGUCAAAGGUAGGUGCCAUUCACAAACCUUGUAUUCCACAGCCAAAUGGGUUAAACAUGCAGCUCAGAAAAGAAAAUUGUGAAAUUUAGGGGAAAUAUUAAAAAAAUAAUAAUAAUAAUAAUUUUUUAGGAAAAUGCCACUGACUUUAUAUAGUCAUAGAUUGGCUAACCUGAAUUUUGCCAUUUGGUUUUCAUUUUACCACAAUGCACUGUUUAGAGAAUAAAUGGCAAAGUGAAAAAAAAUAAAAACCCAAACCGACCAUCGAACCAGCUUCCCAGAAUAUUACAUCAACGCAGUGAAAUGUCCAUCCUCGAAAGCCUCACAGCUGGGAGCGUUACAGCACUAAGUCAUGUAAUAUAUAAAAUGGGUCAAAUUCAGAAAAAAAGAGAAAGAAAAAUAGUGUAUUUUAACAUUGGCUGUAAAAAGACAAUAAAUAGAGUAUUUGUAUCGCCCUAUUUAGCUGUAAAACAUGGGAAAUCCCAAAAAAUGUGUUACACGGGAUGGAGCUCUGUGCAGAAACUGUUACAAGAUAAGAUGAUGAAAUGGAGCCAUUUAGUGGCCCUUCAGAAGUCACUCAGUAAAUAGGGGGAUCAUUCACCAAACCCUGAAAUACACUGAAAUGAAAAAACUAAUUAGAAAACGAUUUACUCUGGUCCCCCAUUUUUGUUUUGUUGUUUUUAAAUUUGGUUUAAAAUGUAUUCUUGUUGGUGGCACUGGAUCCAUUGCCAUGCGCCUCCAUUUUGAUGAUCUUGGCUGUGACAUAUUUUCUCUGCCUUCAUCGGCCAAUACUCUGCCCCGCAAUGUAAUUCCAACCCGUGUCGGCUGCUGAACAGCCGUUUGGGGGCAGACGGAGGACGGACCGAGAGAAUGUGGAACUUAAUAAAGGAAGUGGAGAUUGACUUAAACGCGACCAUUUGUCAGGAGGAGGAACAAUUCAGAAGGCAAAGUAGUCCCCCGGCUAGUGACACAGCCCCGCUACUCUGGCCUGCAUUAUGUGAUUUGGUUUUUAAUUCACCACAGCAUUUUAGGUGAACGAAUCCCACAGAGUCUUAAAAUACAACAUGUGAAUGCGUUGCACUGGAAUCCUGGAUUUUUUCUGUGUGGAUAACAUUCCAGCGUUUAUCAGAGAGGCGAGCAAUGUUCUUAUUUAGCGAUUGUUUAACUUUAACGGAUUACUUUCAGGGUAAAAGUUCAUUCACUAGACAGUAAAUUGCAGCAAACAGCAAACCAACUGCAAACUAUAUUCAAUAGUGGGUUUUAUUUUCACUACAAUUCGCUAUUUAGUUAAAUCUACAGGGAAAAUAUAAUUGCAGUGGAACGGGGCAUUUUAGGUCCAUUUAGCAGAGCAUUCCCCCCCAUUCUGAUUUUGGCAAGUUUCCUUGUCCGUUCUUCCCAAGUUCAGUGAAUAGACGCUCUGGCCACGAUUUGUAACCAGUAGUCAAAAAUCCAGAAGCCCAUAACGUGGCUAUUAUUAUAGAGAAUAAUUUUUUUUUUUUUUUUUGUGGUUUUUAGUUAAUAAAUUUUGAUCUUCCAGGUCCCGGGAUCUCCAGUUACGCCGAGGACCCACCUGCCGCUGCACAGUCUCUGGUGGCUUGUCUAGAUGAAGCCAUGGCCAUUAUACCCUCACAAAGCCAGAGAGAGGCGCCGGUCUAUUUAGGGGCCACAGCUGGAAUGAGACUCCUCAGGUACAUCCCAUGGCUGCCUGUUAGACCACUUCUUCUGGGAUUUAUUGUGUCCUUUACACAGAGUACCUCAUUCCUCACGAUAACAGGCUGGAACGCAGAACGCACACACUGGAUUAUAGCUGAAUGUGGUUUAGGUUUUUAUAUCUCCAAUAAUAUAUCUUCAUCUGUAUAUUUCCAGCACAUGGUAUGUUUCCAAGUAUCUUAAACCUUGUACAUCCUUCCUAUUAAUUUCAUUUCAGCCUGGAGAACCCGACCACCUCGGACAAGGUCCUGCGUGAGGUCAGCAAGGUGAUCAGCAGAUACCCCUUCAAUUUCAGGGGCGCUCGCAUCAUCAGCGGCCAAGAAGAAGGGGCCUAUGGCUGGAUCACAAUUAACUACCUCCUGGAAUCGUUCAUGAAAGUAAGUGUCUCUGUCCCAGUAAACAUGCUGAUUCGGGGUUCCUGUCUAUUAGUCUGAAAGGACGGAUGGUUCCCUGGUUUUAGGGGUUUAAUAUUCAGAAAUCUCACAAGGUUUUCUGUUUCUAAAUACUGAAUUGAAAGUCUUGAAGUUAAAGAAAUGUUUACAUUUAUGCUAAAAUAAGCAAAAUUGAGAAUUUUUCUAAAUCUAUUUUUGCAAUCAGAUUUUUUUAUAAAUUCUUUAUUUUGGAUUUUCAGUCAUAUGGGGGUUAGGGUACAGAAAAGAGAACUUGGGAUCAAACAUACUUUCAUAGAGACCGUGAGUUGCAUUGAUGCGUUACAAAACAGUCCUAAAGGAAAGGCAGUUAUAGAGUUUUAGUUCCGUGACUGUUGCUGUCCUUCGCUGUUGCUGUAAGACUUCGGUCUCGAGUCCGAGAGAGGGUUCUGAAGCUGGUUUGUAGAUAGGUAUAACAUUGUGUUGCAGUAUUUGAUGUUUCAACAGUUAUAACACGUACAUUUUUGGUUCGAAAGUUCCAUGGUUGUGUGCGUAGUGUGCCGUUUGGUUCAGUGUUUGGUCGGUGUGUUUAUGAGGUUCUUUUCGGGGGGAGUGAGGGUUAGCAUGGGGGGAGGAGAGGGAGUGGGUCUGGUGGGGGUUUUAGACUGUUUGCCUAGUGUGUAGGCCUGUUGUCCCCUGAUGUCUUGUUUUUGGUGUGGCCUCUGUUAGUUUGUGGGUCCCUAGUGAGUGGGCCCUGCUGGUCUGAAGUCGAUUGUGGGCCUUCCCGUGGGUUUUUUGUUUGAUUCAACUUGGGCUGACAUCUAGGGUAGAGUGUGUUGGUCGGGGUCAUGGUAGAUGUUCCUUGUUCUGUGUGUGGUGUGUGGUGGGUGGCCUCUGUUGGUUAUGUCGUAAUUGGUUAUUUGCACUUUGUAUCCGGGGUUGUGAUUUCUGUCGGGGGUGGUCUGGAAGUGGUUCCCACUUGUCUUUCUCGUGAGGUGUGGUGCUUGUGGUAGGUGCGUUUAGGGCCCCCGACUGGAUGGUGGUCUGUGUUGGGGGUGCUCCGGGUAGAGCUCCUGUUCGCGCUGAUUGAUUGUUUCGUAUAUUCUUGUGUGGUUAGUGUCCGUGGUCUGGUGCUGGCGCAGUUGGGGCGGUUCAUGGGGGAUCAGUCGGUUUGGUGCGAUGGGGAGGGAGGGUUGUGUGUGGUGGAUCUUAUGUUGAGCGGUGUGACUGUGUUUGUCUAGUGUGGUUGGGGUGAGCGGUUUGGGUGUCUCUUGUUGUGGGUAUAGGGGUUCCGGGAAAGAAGCAGCCUAGUUGGCGAAGUGUGGUGCCCGGGGUGGUCUUCGAGGUUAUUCCUCCCCAGGGGCCACCCCCCGCCUGGUGCCUCCCUUGGCGGUAAGUGCCUUAUAGUGUUGGGAAUUCGAAGAUCCAUGGUUCCCAUAUUUUGUCGAAGUGUCUGGUGGUAUCAUGUACCAGGGCGGUAAGUUUAUCCAUUUUCAUGGUUUCGUUAAUUUUUUGUUGUAUGAUCUACGGGUGGGGUGUCUGGGCUUCCCCAUUUCUCCGCGAUCGCUCGCCUAGUGGCUAGUGCCAGUUUGGCUAUCAGUUUAUUGUGUGCCCUUGGGGUGUCUCUGAGGGGCCUGGAAAGGAGCCAUAGCCAUGGGUCCAUCGGGAUAGUGGUGUGUAGUGCCUGUGAUGCUAAUUGCGCUAUAUGUUGCCACACCGUGGCUACCCGAGGGCACUCCCACCACGUGUGUAUGAAGGUUCCCCUGUUCCCGCACCCCUUCCAGCAGAGGUCGUUGUCGGUUUGUCUCAUUUGUUUCAAACGUAGUGGAGUGAGGUACCAUCGUAAGAGAGUUUUAUAUGCUUGUUCUUUGUGAUUGACACAUAUCGAUAUUGUUGCAGUGGCCUCCCAUAUGUUUGCCCAAUUGCUUUGGUCCCCUAUGGGGCCUAGGUCCCUCUCCCAGGCUGCCAUAUAAGGCAUUGAGCCUUCCCGUGUGCUCCUGCUUAGUAGGGAAUAUAUAGAGGAUAUCUGUCCUUUGUGGAGUGGGUGGUUGUUACAUGCCUUCUCUAGCGGGGUGAGGGGAGUGAUGCUUGCUUUUUGUAUGGCAGGUUUGUCGAUAAAGCUGCGAAUUUGUAGGUACCGAAAGAAGUCUUGUGUGGUGAGAGGGGUCUGUUGGGGGAGGUCUGCGAAGGGUAUGAUGCGUUGGUUCUGGUAGAAUUGGUGAAUGCGUUGCAAUCUGAUUUUAAUUCACUAAAAUGUGAAACUCAUAAGUUUCCAUUUCUAUCACAAUCCCUGCCAUUUAUUCACUAAUACAUAUUGAUACAAUUAAUAAUUCUGGAACGAUAACAAGGAAAUGCCACAAUAAAGCCCAAAAUAUUGGAGUUAAAUAGUUGUUUUUUAGAAAUGUGUUAGUUCCCAGAUUGUAACCGAUAACCAAUAAACAUGGGGCCACACAUUGCAGAUUUCCUUCUAAAGCCUAAAUAUCAGUCUUAACUAAUACUGUAUAGAGAAGUCUGGGCUUAGGAACGUUUUAAUUUUAAGACUAAGAUCAAAAAAAAAAAAAAAAAAUUAUAUAUAUAUAUAUAUAUAAUAUAUUUCUUUCUGUGACCGCGUCUUCUGCUGGCCACCUGGGAAUUUAUCUGAGAUUGUGGAAGCACAGUGCUUACCAUGUCAACCCAUGAAUAUUAUUUAUAACAUUUUAUCUAACCUCUAACUUAUAUUCCCUGUUAUUUAGUACUCUUUCAGCGGUCGUUGGGUGCGGCCAACAGUCUCCAAUAUCUACGGUGCUCUGGACCUGGGAGGGGCGUCCACACAAAUUAGUUUUAUCCCAAAAGAAGCCGUUGAAGACAUCAAUGAAAAGUCUGACUUUAAGCUGUAUGGAUUCCCGUACUCCAUCUACACGCACAGCUUCCUGUGUUAUGGUCAAAACCAGGCCCUGAAACAGAUGCUUGUCAAAGCUGUUACGGUGAGAACAAAAAGAAAAAGCCACAGAAGUCACAAAAAUACGGACCUCAGAGGUGGGACCGUGGGAGUAAUAAUGCAUCAAUGUGAAAUUAGGAUCAAUUAUUAGGCGGUUGAGUUUAUUGUUGCAUCAUGGUGACAGACUGACCUGUUUUAAAGCCAGGCUGGUCUUCUCUACAAGGUAAUGGUGACAUCAAUAUAUUGGGCAUAUUGUAUCUGUAAAAUGGGGAUUGUUGCUGCACCAGAUGAGGUUCCAGACAUAUGUCUUCAUAUGAUCUACACUCAGUCAACAGCAAGUGAAGAAACCAAACUCUUUGGCAUCUUAUAGCCAUUAACAGGGCAACAGAGGACAACCAGAGGUAGAUUUUCUGUCUAACUGAAACAAGAACAGAGUGACAUUUCCUUCCAUGGAAGGUCUUCAACAGUGUAACCAUUACUGACAAGUUCUGACUCCAUCACUGGAAGCCAUGAGUCUUAGGAUUUGCUGUACAGUUUAAGAUACUCUAAGGGGUCCAGAGCUAUUGUAGGUGCGAUACCAGCUUUUACUUGGUGUAAAAAAAAAUCACAAUAUGUUUGUUUUUUGCAGGGACAGGAUUUAAAGCAGCCAGUAAACAUUCCUUGUUACCCCAAUGGAUACACUGCGACCGUCCCCCUCGAAUCUCUGUAUGACAGCCCUUGUACGGCCGCUAAUGCACCCUCCACAUCCGGCUCCGCACAGAUUGCUAUAGUAGGCACCGGUGAUUCUGCGAAAUGCAGAGCGCUGAUCAAGAGCAUCUUCAACUUCAGCGCCUGCAGCGGCCAGGCGUCCUGUUCAUUCGAUGGCGUUUACCAGCCACCAGUCAUUGGCAAUUUUUUUGUAAGUAUUGAGGAAGAUAAAUGGAUGGGAGGGUUCUGGCUGGGGAUGGUUCAGAUUUGUAGGACAGAGUUGAAUAGAGCUGGAGGUAAGAGAAAGCCUUGUCUGCUUGGGACAUUGAUUCUGCUAUCUUCUCGUUCUUGGGAUACGUCAGCAACUUGGAUGAAUUGUGUGUGACCUUGGAUGUUUGGAGCUUGGGGACUGUAGGAAGGAAGGCAAAGUGGGAGAUGCCAACGAUUUACACAGCUCAAAAUUUAUCUUCUUGGCUAACUCCCCGUGCAUGCUUAACAAGCUGCUACGGAACAGUUCUGGGAGUUUAUUGUGGGACGUGAAACUACAGUAGAAAAUGAUCUCUCGUUGUCCAUGAGUUAAAUAUCUUAAAAUGAAUUAGUUUUACUGUGUUACUGUUCUAAGCAGUUUGUACAAUUAUAACCAUGGUCUAACAUGGAGAAAUGUCGUUAGAUCUGUAUAAUCCAUGAUAGUGUAUAUAUAUAUAUAUAUAUAUAUAUAUAUAUAUAUACACAUACAUACACACACACACACACACACAUAUACACACACACACACACACACACACACAAUCCAAAUGGCCACAUGGUUAACCCUCGCUCCCAAGAGAUUGUUUUUCCAUCUGCCAAUGCUGCCAGGAGGAAAUGGUACUUAAAACGUGAAUGAUAAUAUGCGAAUGUGCGUCCUACCAGAUGCAUUUUUGUUUUGUUAAUAUUCCAGGUCCAAUACUUUGUAUAGGGUUUAAAUGUAAAAAGCAUGGAUUUUAAACCAGACACCAAAAGCAUCCAGCCAAAUAGUUCAGAUUUAAUCAGGAGGAUCAAAUUACAACCAGAUUUGGCUUAGAAAAUAGGAGAAUUGGCAUUCAGGUCUUAAUUCGGUCAUUUUCGCAGAAUUUAGUCUGUCCAGACAAAAUGCAGUGUUUAGUGAAUAGACCGUGAGGUUUAAAGGCACACUCCAAGUACCAAAACCUUGACAUCUUAAUUUAGUGGUUUUGGUACAUACACACAGUUUCUGUACUCUGACAAUGUGCCGGUCAGGCUGACAGCCACCGCAGCCGAUUCCUCAUAAAGACCUUUGAUUAUUAAAAGGUAUCAUGCGUAACAUCAUCACAUACACCAUGACAACAUGCAGCGCCAGUAAAGCUUCUCACAGAUACGUGUUGGAUUCAGUAUUUCUGUAUGAGAAGCAUUGGAUUUGGGGUGUGUGGGGAAGGGGGGCUUUGUCCCUGAGGUUUCUGAAUGAGAGUAUUAAAUCGGAGAUCGUCAAGUCUAAUAAAUCGCACAUAAAGUGAAUCAGGCUUCAGCGUGGAGUCUGACCUGGAGCUGGAUUACAGUAAAGUUUAAUUGCGGAAAAAACAACACAAAUGGGGGGUGGGGGCAGUUCUCUGAAAAUAUCUAACAUUACAACUAAUACAGUCCUCCUUUAAAUCACUAAAUUAGGAAUUGUAGAGAAUGGGAAAAGAGCAGAAUAGUAAAAAUAAAUAAAUAAAUUUAAAAAAAGAAAAAAUUUGCAGCUACUACAUAUUGUUCCCAAAAAUGUGCAAUUUCCUUUUUGGUUUCCUCUAUUAGUGAACAUAAUCCCCCCACCCCCACCCUUGUGUGUUAUGGUCGUAGGUUCUGAUACGUGAAAAAUGAUCAAAACUAGGACUAUAGUGGCAUUAUCUCUGAGAGUCUGUAUUUCUGCAAUUACAGGAGUUAAAAAAAAAUGUAAAUGUGAAUUUAAGGGAACGACCUGGAGUACAGACUUUGGAUUUAAUUAUACAAUAAUGCAAGAACUUACAGAGUAUGUGCUUAUUUUUUAUUUAUUUUGUUAACGUUUUAAAAGCAAUAAGUAGGUCUGUUUCAUACCUCUCCAAGUUUCUUCCAUUAGCCUCACAUGGGCCAUGGGGCUCGAUGAGGGUUUACACAGCUGUGUUUUUAGAUCAUACACUUUGUUGGAUACAGAAUUUAAAGGGCUUUAUUUAUAUAUAAUAAGCCUGCCAUAACUAUCAUUCUAAAACAUGCAUUGCCUUCUCCAACCUGCGUAUUUGAUGUUUGCCAUUCUCUAUGCUCAGAAAGGGUGACUAAAUAGGAGCACAACUACGUCACUGGAAGCUGCCAUUUUGACUUUCUAUCAGUGGUAGAAAAGAAUAUGCCGAAAGUGUGAACUAAACACUGGCAGAUCAUAAAAAUAUGAAUUCAAUGAUUGUUGGCUGCUACAAAAUGGUUUGUCCUUUAACUUAUCCAACUGUUUGGUUUUGUUUUGGUCUGCCAGGCUUUCUCUGCGUUCUUUUAUACUUUUGAUUUUCUCAACUUGACAUCGGGGCAAAGUCUGUCAACAGUGAACACCGCAAUCAACACCUUCUGUGCGAGAGACUGGUCCGAGGUAAACAGAGAUCCCGAUUGGUCCUCUUCAUUAAAGGAUCACUAUAGGGUCGGGAACACAAACAUGUAUACCUGACCCUUUAGUGUUAACACCACCAUCUAGCCCCCCUGGGCCCCUCAUGCCUCCAUAAAUAUAGCAAAAUCUUACUGUAUUCAAGCCUGAAGCUGUAACUCUGCAUGCUGUUAGACUAAGAAAAACAAGCAGUCUGCUGACAUGUGGUAGCCUGAUCCAAUCACAGUGCUUCCCCAUAGGAUUGGCCGAGACUGACAAGGAGGCAGAUCAGGGGCAGAGCCAGCAUGAUUCAAACACAGCCCUGGCCAAUCAGCAUCUCCUCAUAGAGAUACAUUGAAUCAAUGAAUCUCUAUGAGGAAAGUUCAGUGUCUGCAUGCAGAGGGUGGAGACACUGAAUGUUUGGAUGCAUUUUAGGCAGCCAUGACCCAGGAAGGAUCUCUAACAGCCAUCCAAGGCGUGGCCAGUGAAGUUAUCACUAGGAUGUAAUGUAAACACUGCAUUUUCUCUGAAAAGACCGUGUUUACAGCAAAAAGCCUGAAGGUAAUGAUUCUACUCACCAGAACAAAUUCAAUAAGCUGUAGUUGUUCUGGUGACUAUAAUAUCCCUUUAAUUACUAUAUGACUUCUCGGUCUUUAAUAUGCCACUUCAAUGCGCACGCAUUCAGCCAGUCCAUAGGAAAGCAUUCUCAAUGCUUUCCUAUGGACGCUGGCGUCUUCUCACUGUGAAAAUCACAGUGAGAAGCGCGGAAACGCCUCUAGCGUCUGUCAAUGAGACAGCCACUAGAGGCUGGAUUAACCCUAAUGUAUACAUAGCAGCUUUCUCUGAAACUGCUAUGUUUACAGCAGAAAGGGUUAAUCCUAGAUGGACCUGGCACCCAGACAGCUUCAUUGAGCUAAAGUGGUCUGGGUGCCUAUAGUGGUCCUUUAAAUACUGCUUACACCAGACUGAGACUUUGAUUUGUACGAAUUUAAUUGCUUAAUUAAGUGUUACGAGAAAUCACACUCACAGAUAUGAAAUAAUGGAACUUUUUUAUAUGAACCAAGUAAGCACAUUAUGGUGUACAGAGGUGAAACACAUACUUACUAACGGUCAUUUGGCGGGGCAGUCCUGAUUUUGAGCCCUAUGUAGUCGUUUCAUUUUCUCUAAUGUCCCCCCUCCUGCUCCGUCUCACGUCUAAGAAAGUUGCCAACUUCAUCAGAGGGCCACGUUUAAUGCAGCCUUGAUUUGUAUGUUUUCAGAUCCAGUCUUCCUACCCCAAAGAGAAGGCUGACCGUCUGCGGGAUUAUUGCGCCAACGGGAACUAUGUCCUGAGCCUUUUGCUGGACGCCUACAAGUUCAAUGAGGACAACUGGAAUUCUAUCAGCUUCAUGAAACAGGUAAUUAUUGUGCCAUUUCCAGUAGUAAGUCAUAUCUCUGGAUCUACCCAGGUAAAUUCCAGAAAAUCUUUAUGAUGCAGAGAGCAAAUUGAUUCAGCGCUAAACCCUGCGAACAGCUACAAACUGCAGCCAUUUGUAAAAAUCACGCAGCUAUGAGAAAGAGACAGACACACACCUAUCGGGAACACAGUUUAGUGGACGGAGCCCAAGAUGCAGAUAGAUGCUGAAGGCAAAGAACCAAGUUCGCAGUAUCAAAAGAUUAGACGAAGAGAAUAGUCGGAGAAGCCAAAGGUCAGGAAUGGCGGCACAGGUUCAGAAGCGAUGAUACAGGCAAGGGUCAAAAUCAGGAACAGGAUCCAACAGGAGAGUCUCUGAAGGUCUGUACACAAUCAGGAGCACAGUACAACUGAGCGAAGAGUGAGUGCAACUAAAAUAGGGGAAGUGGGUGGUCUUGUUAAUUGAGGUUCCACCCUGGUCUCCAAAUCCUGUACCUUUAAAAGACUCUGUGUUGGGGCACACGCACUCGUGUGGUCGCACGUGGAAGCAGCAGCGUUCUCAUUUCCAGACUUCUGUUCUUGCUGUGUUCUGGAGUUCUAUCUGGAGUAUAGGUGAGUAGCGUUCGCAUUAACAGAGGUGGCCUUCGUACGCAUGAAGUUCUUCCUUUUGUAUCUGGUAAGUGGCGUUCGUGCAAACAGAGGUGCUGUUCGCAUGAAUGUAAGUGGUCGGCAUGGAUGGUCGAACCAACCUCGCUGGCUGCGGGGGUCACUCCAACACGGCGUCCUCGUGGAUACACCAGCUAUAUAUUGCUCAUUGCCAGGAAAGGCGGGAUGUUUUACAUGACACUUCGUCCAAUCCUUCUCGUAGAGAUACAUUGACUCAGUGUGAGGACAAAGAUCUGAGUCUGACCAGGUUGUGAGUUUGGAAGCACCAUCUAGUGGCUGUUAGUGUAACAGCCCCUAGAGGUUUUACCAAAUUAAUUAAGACAUUGCCGUAUUUACAUUGUGUGACCAAAACAGCAAAAAUAUCAGGGCCACGGCACCAAGACCACUUCAGUGAGAUUAAGCAGUCUUGGUGCUUAUUUCGAUUCAUUAAUAUAUCUUUUGUUACCAAAAUGAGGGACAUGUUUAACAAACAUUAUCAUCAUGUUAUACCCAGUGUUGCCAGCCACAUGCCAUAUUUUUAGCUACUUUAGCAGAGAUUUAUGGGAGUUGUAAUCCGUAAAACAUGGGGAUUUCCAGUUACACUACCCAGAUAUCUGAAGGCCAUGAUUAUAUCGUAUAAUGUUCUCCUUGUGUUGCAGGCGUCGAAUACAGACAUCGGCUGGACUUUGGGGUACAUGCUGAACCUCACCAACAUGAUCCCCUCAGAGAGCGUGGCGCCCAUGAAGGCCCAGAACUAUGACCUCUGGCUUGCGUCCGUUAUCUUCAUAGUGUUAAGCGCGGUGUUGGGUUUGAUCAUGCUGUAUAUCUACUGCCGCUAGACAGAUUGGGCAGAGACCACUGCAGGACAUGAAACGGAUUAUCAAACACAUUCAACGUCUCACAGGAAUUAUACUGAAAGAAGAUCCCCUACAGGACAGCCAGACGGUGAUAUGUGUCCGGCACACGGCGCUAGUCACCUGCUGGAUUACAUAAGAGUGCAAAGGACGGCUGACUAGAACACACCCAACCUCCGUGUUAAUGGAUAUUCUGACAGUCCGCAGUGGAAGACAUUUUUAUUGUGUAAUAUCCUCAGUGGCCAGACAACAAAUACACCCACCAGCUGGAUAUUUGGUGGGAGAUAAACUUGUGCUAAAAAAGUAAAAAAAAUCCAGAGCAGAAUCAUUAUCUCUACAGGAGAUUAGCAAAACGGGGGUACCCGACUCUUGGAGCCACCCCUCCCCAAAUAGCUCUAACUCCACAUUCCUGUACGUGACAAGCGGCCCCCAGAAUGUACCUCUACCGCUCCUGUAGGAUUUUUGACCAAGUCCGCACCUGCCGUACCGUGUACCCAAAUGUGACUGCCCGCAAGAAACUGAGGAAGAUUUACAUGCUUUAGUUUGGUUGAACGGAAUUAAAAAACUGCAAUCAAUUUUACAUAUAAUCACAAAUACAGCCUUAAUUGGUUGACCUAUUUUGGCUAAAAUUCACAAUUUCUUUCUAGGUUCUCCAGAAUUCCAGAUUUAAUGAAUAAACCAAAGAGGUCCUUCUAAUCAGUCACAGUCCUUAAAUCCUUGAUUGGAGCUUCUCAUUGUUUGGGGGGGGGGGGCAGGGGGGGCGGUCUGUCCCACAAUUUUAUUAUGGGUUCUACUGGAGAGGUUAAGCAGCAAGCCAUUAAAAUUCUUGUAGAGCACCUGAGAUGACGCCACCAUGGCCAUAUGUGAUACAGCACAAAUAUCGCCAUGCCAGGAAAGUUUAGCGAAUUUAAAAAAAUAUAUAUAUAUAUAUAAAAAGCAUAUAUUACAUAAACAGUUAUUUUGUAAUCACCACUUAUUAACCCCUUUACUUCCAAGUUAGUUCCAUUCCCAAAUUACCAUAGGAAUCUGUGUUAUUUAAAUGUAAAAACAACACACCAACAUUAAUGGAAUUACAGAAUAGUGGAGUUAAAGCAUAGUUAUCAACUAUCCUGUUUUUCUAGGCCAGUCCUGAGCUUCUCUCCCAAUAAAAUCUGUGCCCCAGAACUUGUGUGUCAUUGUGAAACCUGCCCAAUUUGUGAUAAUUUACAUUAAACAGGUCAUUGCAGUGUAAAUAAUGCAGUGUCAGCAAUAGAUCCUGAGUGCAAUCUGAUUAAGUAAUAUAUUAAUAUUUAAUAAAAUCACACGGGGGAUUAAUUAAUUGGCGGAUUCACAAAGUGGAAUAAAAUGGAUCCAGUUGUGUUAAUACAAUGCAGAAUCACUCAGUAAAAAUGAAUGAAUACUUUGUUAUGGUGCGAAUCUCUGAUACUUAAUGUUUCGUUUUAUUUCACGGUUAGGUUAAGGCUGAUUUAUUUAAACCAAUGAAAAUUCUUAACCUUUGGCACCCCUGCUAGGAUGGUAUGCAGACCCUCAAAGAACGCCAAUGUGAAACAUGUGUUAUAUUGCUUUUCAGAACAAGCGAUUGUAAAAAUGGUUUUUAAAGCAAUAUAUAUGCCAGGUUUAAUGGAAUUGGAAAUUGAGAACAUAUUUAAAUUUGCAGUUUAUUGACUGGGUGAGAAUUGUGGAGAAAAGUACAUUGAAAAUCACCCAUUACUGGGAGCAUUAUUGCUGUGGAGCUCUGUUAUACAUUCAGACACAUUACUGGGAGUAUUAUUGCUGUGGAGCUCUGUUAUACACUCAGACACAUUACUGGGAGUAUUAUUGCUGUGGAGCUCUGUUAUACACUCAGACACAUUACUGGGAGUAUUAUUGCUGUGGAGCUCUGUUAUACACUCAGACACAUUACUGGGAGUAUUAUUGCUGUGGAGCUCUGUUAUACACUCAGACACAUUACUGGGAGUAUUAUUGCUGUGGAGCUCUGUUAUACACUCAGACACAUUACUGGGAGUAUUAUUGCUGUGGAGCUCUGUUAUACACUCAGACACAUUACUGGGAGUAUUAUUGCUGUGGAGCUCUGUUAUACACUCAGACACAUUACUGGGAGUAUUAUUGCUGUGGAGCUUUGUUAUACACUCAGACACAUUACUGGGAGUAUUAUUGCUGUGGAGCUUUGUUAUACACUCAGACACAUUACUGGGAGUAUUAUUGCUGUGGAGCUUUGUUAUACACUCAGACACAUUACUGGGAGUAUUAUUGCUGUGGAGCUCUGUUAUACACUCAGACACAUUACUGGGAGUAUUAUUGCUGUGGAGCUCUGUUAUACACUCAGACACAUUACUGGGAGUAUUAUUGCUGUGGAGCUCUGUUAUACACUCAGACACAUUACUGGGAGUAUUAUUGCUGUGGAGCUCUGUUAUACACUCAGACACAUUACUGGGAGUAUUAUUGCUGUGGAGCUCUGUUAUACACUCAGACACAUUACUGGGAGUAUUAUCGCUGUGGAGCUCUGUUAUACACUCAGACACAUUACUGGGAGUAUUAUCGCUGUGGAGCUCUGUUAUACACUCAGACACAUUACUGGGAGUAUUAAAUGCCACUUAGGAAAAAACAUUUCCAUAUGUGACGGGUUGUGAUGCUGUGGGACUUAAAGGGUUAAUCUGAAUGCAAAGGGUGGAAGAAACACAAGGACAACAUAAAAACCAUCACACACUGGGUGUCUCCUUCCCCUAUGGCUCCCAGAUUCAUGGUUGUUCCCCUGUGUAUGAAACCGUCACAGGUUUGGUGGGACCUUCCGGAAUUUGGGCUUUUGUCCUUGGUUUGGUACCUGGUGUCUCACCUUUGCGAACAGUAGGUAAAUGACCCCAAUCAGCUCAAGUGCAUCAUUAGACAUAUUUGCAUUCAGUUCCUUGGCAGGGUGCCAUGGUCAGGGUCAUGAUGCCAUAGGCAGGUUUAGGGAGUUAUGGGCAUGGUGCCACAGGCAGGGUUAUGGUGCCACAGGCAGGGUCAGGGCGUUAUGGGCAUGGUGCCAUGGAGAGGGUCAUGGUGCCACAGGCAGGAUUAGGGCAUUAUGGGCACAGUGCCAUAAGCAGGAUUAGGGAGUUAUGGGCAUGAUGCCAUAGGCAGGAUUAGGGAGUUAUGGGCAUGGUGCCACAGGCAGGGUCAGGGCGUUAUGGUCACGGUGCCACGGGCAGGCUCAGGGAGUUAUGGGCAUGGUGCCACGGACAGGGUCAUGGUGCCACAGGCAGUAUUAGGGCGUUAUGGGCACAGUGCCAUAGGCAGGAUUAAGGAGUUAUGGGCACGGUGCCACAGGCAGGAUUAGGGAGUUAUGGGCAUGGUGCCACAGGCAGGGUUAUGGUGCCACAGGCAGGGUCAGGGCGUUAUGGUCACGGUGCCACAGGCAGGCUCAGGGAGUUAUGGGCAUGGUGCCACGGACAGGGUCAUGGUGCCACAGGCAGGAUUAGGGCGUUAUGGGCACAGUGCCAUAGGCAGGAUUAAGGAGUUAUGGGCAUGAUGCCAUAGGCAGGAUUAGGGAGUUAUGGGCACGGUGCCACAGGCAGGAUUAGGUAGUUAUGGGCACGGUGCCAUAGGCAGGGUUAUGGUGCCACAGGCAGGAUUAGGUAGUUAUGGGCACAGUGCCAUAGGCAGGGUCAUGGUGCCACAGGCAGAAUUAGGGAGUUAUGGCCAUGGUACCAUAGGCAGGGUCAUGGUGCCACAGGCAAGGUGCCAUACGCUGGCAAGGCCCCUUUUCAGGCAGGCUCUCAGCUUACUGGGCAGCCAAUAAGCCUCCUUUUCUAGCCCAAUGACCCCAGGUUCCAGCUCUGGACUGACCCCUUUCUGACCAGGAAGAGACACUCAAACUAGGAGCCUCACAUUAUGACCUAUGGGAUAUAUUAUUAACCCCUAAUCCUCUGAAUAGCAGGUUAUAGCAAUUACACUUCAUUUACAUACAGCCCUGUUCACCUUUUAGUCCCCCAACUGUCCUGCUUUUGGUUGUACAGUCACAAUUUUGGGGUGCGGUCCUGUUGUCCUGCUUUAGUUCCCUGGUGUGCGUUUUGUCGUAUUUAUAAAAACGCAUGAAAAGAGUUGCCCUGUAGUAUGUAUAAUGCAUAUUCUGUAGGAUUUUUUUAUUGUCUAAUUACUUAAUCUUAUCCAACUUCUGAAUUCUACAUAACACAGGGCAACCCAUUUCAUGUGCUGCCCAUCAAGUGAUGUGUCCCUGCAAUGCUAACCAGCGCUUCAGAAGCAUUCUAUGCAUAGUCCAGGUGAUAUGGGGGAAGACCGCCCUCUCCUUAUUAACUGCCGGGACAUGUUGGGAGGUAUGAAUUAGUAUGCUACACCACUGUCUAUGCAUGCACAGUGUGUGGUUCUGCUUUCUCUCUGGGGAGGAUACACAAACCUUCAACAUAAUUAACAAAGGCCACCCAGGAAUUAGCAUUCAGGAUUCCUUAUUGACAGCUCAGAGGGGUGGAGUUAUAGCUGUGUGUGUGUUUAUACAAAUUGCUGCAGUCAGUCUCAGAGCUGAACGUGGGCUCACUGUGCUCUUUGUGCAAUCAUGCAAAGUUGUGAUAGUGCUUACAGUGACCCUUUAACUCAGGCUUCCCCAAACUCUGGCCCUCCAGAUGUUGCUGUACUACAACUCCCAUGAUUCUAUGAAUGAAAUAGAUAGGCUGAGAAUCAUGGGAGUUGUAGUUCAGCAACAUCUGGAGGGCCGGAGUUUGGGGAAGCCUGCUUUAACUACUGCCAUCACAGCCUGACCUCUGUAUACCGCUAUAAAAAGCUCCAUUUAUUUAGCCCUGCCAUUUCUAUACAACCAUCCAAUAACCGGACUGGUUCCAUGUUGGAACAGGAGCUACAAACGAAUUGUUAUGACGGCUCAGACACUCACUUAUUCUGAAGGUUUAAGCUGGGACACUAGGUUCCUGUUUACAGAAUAUGAUUAACAAAGGGUUAAUGAGCCUACUACUACAGGCCUGUCAGUCAAGAGUGAAAUCAUUUCACACCCUCCUGUGUCAGUAACAGAGACCUGAGAUUAAACAAAUCCCUGGAAGAUGCAGGGAAGGGGGAUGUCAGACCGGGUCAGGGACUAAUCUGAGAGUGUGAUUUUAGGGGUUCAUUCACUACAAUGGGGAUCAAAGCAGUCCAAAGGGAAACAUUCUCAGAUCAGCCCAGAUAUUUGCUCCAUUUGCCAGGUCCCCCUCAAUAAAGAACCCCUAAAAACGUAUACGGCACAAAACAGGGGACACCCUGGAACCGAUCCAGACAGGUGCUCCGUAUUACAGACUUUGUCCCAGGAUUUCUCAUUAUAAAGGAGAUCCCAGUAUACAAGUAAUGAGCGACACGAUUUCAGAGUAAUUAACAAACUAUUAAUUAUCCUGUGGGAGGGGCUUCUCCCCUUUCCUAAUACAGAGUCCAGUGGAGCAGUCUUGUCCUGUAUAACAUGCCUCACUGCUGGAAGAAGCCCCCGCUAUGUAUUGUUAUAAGAAAGUACCCCUGGUUUGUAAACGAAAGAUUCUCUCCUGUUGGACUGGACGCAAAUUACACGUAAUGGGGGGGGAUGGGGCGCCGCUAGGUUAAUAUCCGUCUCUGCAUGAAAAGUGCUAGCACGCAGUAAGGGAAGGGUUAAUUGGGAGGAGAUUAAUGGACACUGACAGGGUUAUUCACUGAAGUGAGAAUAGUCAGGAAUUCGGAGGCAGACUGGAUGUUCUCCCAGUCCGCACUGCGUCCAGUUCAGGUCAUUAAAAAUUCACUUUGAAUCCCUGACAAUUCUUACUUCAGUAAACCGCUCUGAGUGAAUUGGCCGGCAUAUUUACUAAACCAGGAGAUGGGAUUUCACGUUUAGAAUAAAGUAGCCCAGUCGGAAAAGAAAGUUGGUGAUUUAAUUAAUUUCUUAUUUUGACCUAAACGUUGAAAUGCGGCAGAAUGUCCAGUUUAGUGAAUAAAUUGUAGAUUGAAAUAGAUGGAAAUGAUCCAUUGUCCAGUUUAAUUAUUUUGGCCUAAAUUCUGUGUUAACUCCUGCAGGGCUAAUAUUAUUAUGUUCCUUGCACCCACUCUCUUAAAGCGACACUCCACUACCCAAAUACAAACACUACUUAGUAGACUUACCCCCAAUUAAAACGUGUGUAUUUUUUCCCAUUUAGGAUAUGUAAAAACAUUAUAAAAGCUGUAUCUGUCUUGUUGUCAUGGGCAUGAAGGGGUGCUGCCCAGAGACAGCACCAUCCCUUUAAAUGUAGGAACCAAUUUAGCAAAGAAUAAAUGCAAUAGACACAAUAGAAAUGCAAAAUCUCUUGCAUAAUGCACAAUGAAUAGUGCAAAUAAAGAAAUAUAUAUUUAAAAAAUAUUUUACCAGGAAAGAUACAUUGAGAUUUCUCUCGUUUUCAAGUAUGUUCUGGGUCCACAAAUCAUUGCAUUGAUACAAUUAGGGUACAAUAAAAUACAAAAACAAUAUUAAUACACAAUAUAUACAAUAUUUAACAAAGAACAGGUAGGAAAUAUAUAAUCACCCAUGACAGGUGCAUUCUGUUUUGAGGUAUGUAGAGAGGGAUCUCUUAAAGGACUUUAGACUUAGGGAAGAUUUUAAAGUGUGCGGGAGGUCGUUCCAUAAUUGCGGCGCUCUGUAGGAGAAGGAGGAUUGGGCUGCCUUCUUUUUGUAUUGAGGUAGACUAAGUAAAGUGUUGGUACUGGAUCGGAGGUUAUAGGAAGUGGGAACAGCUGGGGAGAGCAUUUUGUUCAGGUAAGGUGGGAAUAUCAACUAAGGAGUGUGUCGUGACACUUGUCUGCAGCCUUUGUAAGCUCUCCCGUUCUAACCCCGCCCAGACUUUCUGUGGCUGUCCAAUCACAGACUUCCCAAUGCAGCUCAAUGACAAGUCCAAAGCAUUUCAGGAAGCUGACACUAAAGGGGACACUAUAUUAUUAUAUUAUAGUUUCCACAUCUCACUUGGCAUAGAUUAUUUUUAAAGUAACCCUAUACUAUUAUAGCACCAACGUGUUCCGCAGCGCUGUACAGUAUAUUCCAUAGAAACGCUCUGUAUUAGAAAUCUGGUUACCCAGACUGUUUAUACCAGGAGCUGUGAAUAUUUAAUAAAAUAAGGCAAUGCAUUAAAAAACCCCACUCAGCACAAUGUGCGUCUUUACCUGAAUAAACCACCCCGUUCGUCCCAGGCUGGCAGCUCUGUGUAGACAUCGCUGUGACCCACAUUCUUCCUAAUCUAUGUGAAAUCCCAGUUAAUUAACAGAAUGUUUCAAACCUGUUUCUGAUGACACCAUGAUUAGAUUUAUAGAUGGGGGAGGCCUGCCCCCUAGCGGACAUUCUGCAGCACUGCAGUUACAUUGUGUGUCUAUAAAUCUAUAAAUCUUUUCUAAAAUCACAGGUUUUUAUUCUUGAUGGUGUUUCACUGUUUGCUGCUCAGAGAAGCAGCAGGGCCAGAGCUAGGAUUGUGUUUCUCUUGCUUCACUCAGCCCCUUCAUGUGUCUCUCUCCCCUUCUACAUCCUCACUGUGUUCUUCCCCCAGUACCUUUUGUGUAUCUAUUUUUCCCCUUUCCCCUAUGUCUUUCUCUCCUUCCCAGUCACUCUGUGUCUCCUCCCCCCAGCACAUUGUUUUCUCCCCUCAGCCCGUCUGUGUCUCUAUCUCCCACCCUGCCCCCCACCCCCCCCAGCCCAUAUCUGUCUUUCUCCACCCGCCUCUUGUGGUUUUUCUCCCACCAUGCCAGCUCGCCACCCGUAUGUCGCUUGGCCAGACCGCGGAUGUUUGGUUUCCUCUCCCUCGAGAGUGAGAGCUUCCUGUCAGAACUGGUAGAGUAAACCCAAUUCAUGGCUCGGUCACACUACAAUGACUGACUGGCAGGAGGGGAGCACACAGAGCUGAUCACCCAGAACCUGGUGCGCCCUAAGGUGGCUGCCUGUGCCGACUUAUUGUAGCACCAGCCCUGGGUGGCAGGAUGUUAAACCAAGAGUUCCUGAAUCAUUUUACUGUUUUUAGUUUGUAGCAACUCUGCUGGGAAGCCAUUCUAUGCACCUUUAACUCUUUCUGUGAAAAAUACCCACAUACAUAAACAAAAUACACCUGGCCAUUACACCAACAAGGACUUUUAUGACUUCACAUUCUAAAUACAUGGACAUUAUAUGUAGUUGGCCCAUCCUUUGCAGCUAUAACAGCUUCCACUCCUCUGGGACGUUGGAGUUUCUGUGGGAAUAUUUCCCCAUUCAUCCAGUGGAGCAGUUUUGAGGUCAGACACGGAUGUUGGAAGAGAAGGCCUGACUCACAAUCUCCAUUUCAGUUCAUCCCAAAAGUGUUCGGAGUUGCGGUCAGGGCUCUGUGUAGCCAGUCAAGUUCCUCUACACCAAACUCAUCCAACCAUGUCUAUAUGGACCUUGCUUUGUGCACUGGGAUACAGUCAUGCUGGUAUAGAAAAUAUCCUUCCCUAAACUGUUCCCACAAACUUGGAAGCGUUGUCCAAAAUGUCUUGGUAUGGUGAAGCAGUAAGAUUUCCUUCCACUAGAAGGAAGGGGCCUAGCCCAACUCCUGAAAAAUAGCCCCAUUCCAUUAUCUCUCCUGCACUGAUCUUACAGUUGGCACAAUGCAGUCAGGUAGGUAACGUUCUCCUGACAUCCACUCAACACGGACUUGCCCAUCAGACUUCACAGAAUGGAGUGUCCAUAACUCCCGAGCCCAGUGGCGGCGUGCUUUACACCUCUCGAUCCAAUGCUUGGCAUUGUACUUGAUGUGAAACCCAUUCUGUGAAGCUCCCACCGCACAGCUUUUGUGGUGAUCUUGUUAGUGGAAGUUUGGAACUCUUCAGCUAUGGCAUCACCGAGCAUUGGCGACUUACACACCAUGCACCUCAGCACUCGGUGACCCCGUUCUGUGACGUUACGUGGUUUUCCGCUUUGUGGCUGAGUUGCUGCUGUUAAAUGUUUUCAUUUUCUAAUAUUAACACUUACAGGUGACCGUGGAAUAUCUAACUUCACAGACUUAUUGUAAAGGUGGCAUCACGGAGCUCUUCAGAAUGACCCAACUUUUUCACAAAUGUUUGUAAAUGCAGACUGUAUGGAAAGGUGCUUAAUUUUAUACAGCUGUGGCAAUGGGUCUAAUUAUAACACUUGAAUUGAAUAAUUGAGAGGUGCAUAUUACCUGCCAGUACUGCGGUUGAUGACCCGGAGAGGGGGUUUUUCAGUAUAAUUUAUCUGUGCCUUUUAGCAGAAUCCUGCUGAAACCAUUGCGGGAGCAAAAUGUGAACCCAUAUCAUGACUGCCCCACUGAAUUCAGGACACUUCAGAAUUAUUAAUAAAAUCAUCGCAAUAUCAAAAGGUUUUCUUAGGCUUCUACGCCACCUAGUGUGUCCUAAGCUUAUCGGCAUUCGGAGAGGCUGCUUUGUCCAGUCUGCAGCCCAGCUGCCAGGGUCCCUGAGUUUUCGGAAAUUUGCCCAUUUUCUCCUAAACGAUCCCUAAUACGGACACUUACUCAUACCGCUGUUUUUAAUUUAACAGGCUUCUCUCUCUGCGACUGCGAUCUGGGCAAGAUUAAUAUGUUUAAUUUGGGGAAAUUCUGAGUAAAAAAAUUCCAAAAUAUAAAAAGCAAAGAAAUGGACAAAAGGUCAUUAUUUUUAACCAUUGAAGACGUGAAUUCAUUAAAUUCUUAGCUUCCUGGCCUGAGAUGAUUUCAUAUUCGUGAAGUAGGUGGUGGUGCAUUGCUCGUUCCUUUCGUUGGUUUCUCUCCGUUUUAUAAAUCGUCCCAUUGUUGUGGCUCUUGUUGACUGUUACAUGUUUUUGUUUUUGUAAUAAUAGUUGGAUGUUUGUGGUUUGCUGCUGGUGCUCAACUGCAAAAGGCGGCGAAGAGUUUUUUUAGGUUACCCGAAUUAAAACCCAAAUUACUAACUUUUAUUAAAAAAAAAUCCCCAACUCUCCUUCGUUCACAGCUCGUGAACAAUCCUUCCAAUUAUGUUUUUGUAUAAUGUUUCUAUGUGUGUUCCUUCCAUGCUGUGGUAGUUGAUACCACCCCAGCAUUCCAGCCGCAGAGGAGUUCUAUAAAAAAUAACAACUUUGUAAUAGCAUUGUCACAGUGACAGAGGAUGGACACUGCACUCAGAGUGCUCUCUUUAAAAUAACAGGUGUCGUUUUAGCACAGGGAACAGCAGUGAUCUCCAGGUCCUUAGAUUGUAGGAUGUAGAGCUCAGUGUGUAAUCCCCAUUACUCUCAGCCUGACUUCAUCUGGGUGAUGGUGCACCCCUAAUGUUCCCAAAACCCCAAGCAAUGACAUGUAAAACUUGGUGAGUGCUGUAAUAGCACUGCAUUCUUUCUACAGGGCGCCAUUAUCGUAUUACGUGGUCAUUUUAACGUGCCAAAAACCCAGGGACGUAUGCAACAUUAACCACUGAGCUCCUCAAAUUAAAAUACAAAUUGCACAAUUUGGGCUAAAAUACCCAAUAUGUGACUAUGGUGCAGUUGGAGAAUUUUUACAAAUCAGAUAUUUUUGCCUAAAUUUGGAUACAUUUUGUAGUUUAGUGAAUAAACCAUGUUUGUGUAUGACGUAACAGGCUGUGAUGUGACUGAGCAUUCAGUGUCAUCCUCUCCACCUCACCUUCAGGUAACUGCUGGACACUCUGUGCUCACAUUAACUGACAGAGGUCCUCUCCUUCACUCGUCUAGUUUGGAUAUGGUCAGUAGUUGCCUCAUUAGAUGCAAUAGGUCUUGGUCAUUUGUAAUUUGUUCUCUACAUGUUUAGAGUUCCGCUCAUUCUUGCUGUUUGUUGUCCUGAUACGGGUUAAUUGUUUUCACUAUCCGUGAUUACUCAGAUCGAAUGGAUUAGACUUUUACUGGAAUUCCAACUCAGUCAAAAAAAUGAAGCAAGUCAGGGACUAUUGCUCCUCCUGUCAAAGCUUGACACUGGGUGGUGCUGCUGCCGCCAAGUUUGUCAGUUCCCCCAGCCCGCUAAUUAAAUUUAACCUUUACUGCCCACUCUCCGUCCAUCGUACCUCCAGCAGUGAUGUCACCAUCGGGGGUCUUUGCAAAUUAUGCCAAGACUCCAAGCGAUGACCGAUCCACUAUUCGAAGAUCUGGUAAUAUUUCAUUCUAUCACUUAACUAUAGUUAGGGAUCCACUUACUUGGUACUUACCUGGUUCUCUGAUAGUGACAUCAUCAGAACUGCAUCAAACACCGAAUUCAGCAGAAUUCUCAUUUUCUAAUGGAAACGUCUAACUCCAUAUUCAGGGCUGCACAUCCAAAGGAUUGUCUACCAAGCUGUGAAUUUUAUAAAAUUUUGGCUAAAAUUCUCCAAAUCCGCUAUAUUUCUAUUUUAACCUAAAAUUUGAAAUUUGCUCUGAAUUCCUGUCUGUUUACACUUUAGAAAAUAACCCUGUCUGUUUACUUUUAUUAUUCCUCAAUGUGAACAUCUUGUACUGAAAUAAUAUGGCCGCUCGUAGCUCGGCCUGACAAACCCAUCGUCCCGCUAAUAACGGAGUUAGAAAACAUACUGAGAUAAAAUAACUUCCUUUUUUUUGAAGUAGGUAGAAUUCUAACGUGGAAAUAAGGGCUCCUGAAACAUUGUGUCACUGGAGUGUCUACGGAGGUUCCUUUUUAUGGCUGCCCUUGCGUUCCCGCACAGUGACUCAGUAUAUAGAGGAUGUGAUGCCAUCGGCAAAGUAGGCAGGAGAUAAGAGAAGCCAUAACACAGAGCAUUCAGGGCCACUAGUUACUGAUCUAUAUAUUUCACGUAUUUCACGUAUUUGCCCUGAUAUCGUUUCUUAAAGAUAGAAUCUAUGGGCAAUUCAUUUCGAAGUUUCUUGACUUGAUUCCAGUGUCCUUUCAAUAUAUAACAUGUGAUCACCACAAAUGAACUGCUAACGUGCCAUCAAUUAGCGUUUUACACAGCAAUAAUUCCUACCCUUUUUAUGUGCGUUUUUACCGUCCGCUGUCUGGAUAUCUUCCAGAUGUAGAAUGUGCCGUCUCACGUAUUUUGCUUUAUGUCCUUGUAAAUGUUUACUAAGAGCCAAGACCCUUGUUGAUGUGAACGAGCGGUUUUCAAAUUAACCUGAAUGUGUAUUUAUCACGUGUGCUAAUACUUAAUAUCCUUUGCUUUAACCCCAGCACAUGCCUUGUGUCUACAGCUGUAAUGUCAUGACUGCUAGUGUGGUCCAACACGCAUAAACUAUGUAAACAUAUACAUAUAAAAAGAAAGGAAAUAAAAGGACAGAGCGUAAACCGGACCUUAGAAUGGCCGGACUAAUACGCUAGAGAUAGAGAAUGGUCAUAGGGAAAGCCGAGGUCAAGGAAGCCAGAAAUACUCAGAUACCGUUUAAACAAGCCAAGUCAGGGGAACCAGAAAUCGGAAUAACCAGGGAAAAGCCAAGAUCAGGAUACCAGGAAAUCAGAAUCACAAGGAUAAACGCACUCUCGGGAACCUGGAACAGGAAACCACGACAGGGCAAGGAACUGAAGUGAAUUAGGGAUUCAAAUAUCCCUCUCUGGGCUCUGAUUGGUCAGAGGGUGACCUCUGACCCCAGAACGUGCGCGUGCGUUGACGUCGUGACCUCACGCGUACGUCCGUAUAAAUUUGAGGGGCGGAGCUUGUGAAGUGCGCGACCACGUGGUCAGCGCCAUCUUUGAUUUGGGCGCACUGCCCAAAAGACGCAGAGGGGCGGUUCCUGGCUCACCAACGAGCAGGUAAGCUCGUUAGAUUGGUGAAGUCGUGCCGGUCGGGCACGGCUGCGCCAUGCGGCGGGCCAGGAGCAGCAACAUGUAAUUUGCAGUGAUACUUAGAUUUUAUAUUGCAUCAGUUAAAAACUGUAAAUCUGAGCGUGUUCCAGGGAUUAAAUAACAAUCACACGUUAAGGGCACAUUGUACACGAGGAGGAGACUUCUCCAUUAAGUACUAGUGGGUUAUAAUGUAGUUUGUGGCAUUGAAGUAGCUGAGAUCGGAAGUCAAGCAGCCAUCUUGGCCCAAGCGUGCCAUUACAUCAAUGAAUGACAAAACAUUGGAAAAUCUAUUGUGCCAGAAUUCAAUUUGUUUAUUUAAAAAAAAAAAACAUUUAAAUAUAUUCCCAUCCUCGAUUUAGUUUGUCACCGCAUCACUCGACAAAUACGGCUGGUCAAAAUAAUGAAAGAGGGAGUACAGUCUUCGGAGUCCUAUUUGCCCAAACAAAGUCUGUAGGGAGGCGUCGAUCGGCCUGCAUUUAAAAGCUGCAACGGCCUAGGCUGCACCACGGAUGGGACAUUUAGUGGGCUCAUGCAGACACACCUGGAAAGAUAUAGACCCCCUACUCGCCACCUUUUCCCACAUGAUGGUCCCUCAAAGUGAGUGGCCACCCAAGUUUAAUGUGAAGAUGUGAAGCCCUCUGCCCAAUAAGUAAAAUUAUGGAAUUCCAUAAUACCGCUUAUCUUCUAAAUUAAUGGACAGGUGGGGAGGUGCCAUAGAGGAGCCUAUAAAUCGGAGAAAUGUCAAGUCCUACCUUCUGACCCGUGAUCUUGGAGAUUAAAGCCUUACAUCUGUGUUUUUUUUCCAUCCAUACUAGGAUAAACUGUAAUGUCCUAAUUUUACAAGACUGGUAAAAUGCACCACACACCUGGAUUUUAACCAAUUCAAUAUGUGUGUGUCUACAUUGUAUUAUUUAUUUUAUUUUAUUUUUUUAAACACAAAACACUUUUAUCUGCACAUAAAAGCCAUAAGAAGAUUCCACAAAAAUCUUCUACCUGCAGCUCCUAAACACUUUAUACCAGGGCUGCCCAAAAUGUAGAUUCCUAAAUGUUGCAAAGCUACAUUGCCCAUGAUUCCGGAAUGGCUACAAACCAUGGGAUGUGAUGUUGUAAAAUUUCAGCAGACCAGCUUCACACACUUGGUGGUUAUGUAGAACUUUAUUCCACACCCAGACAUUUAGCUGGAUCAUGUAUGUAAAGAGCAAUUCUUGGGACAACGAAGGUUAUAGUGUCCUUUGAAAGGAUGGCUAUUCAUUGUUCACAGACUGACUGGAUAACUUGUAUCAAAGGGCUUAGAAUCUGACUAACUGCUCUCUAUACCUUGAUACCCGCUGAGAUCACUUUCCCAGCCCAAGUGAGUGUAUUUUCUACAGAAAUAAUGACUGUUUAUUGUAUAGCUCCAUUCCACCAUUACUUCAUGAGUUGCGAAACAUUAAAAUAAACCUUUAAAAAGUAAACUGUGACCUUUUAUCUUUAGGUUGGAAAUCUAAACCAGUUAGAAACUAUGAAAAAUAUACAAUGGGCUCAUAAAAACAAUUAAGAGCUGAGAAUGAAAAGGGCUGCUUCACACUAAAACAAAGCGACUUUAAGGGAUCUAUAAAAUAUAUAGUGUGAGCGCUCCUAAAAAAAAAUUAGAUGAUAAAUCAACAUAAUCCGUAUAAAAUACACAUUUUAAUUAAACAAGUACACAAAAAGACCCCAAAGCCACUCCAAAAAAUAGAUUUAAACAUGAAAUGCAAGACUGAUACAAUUAGCAACAUGGUAAACAACUACCACCAUAAAUGUUACCAAGUAAAAACCGCUAUCAGAGUGGCAUAGAAAAUAAAUAUACACAACAAAUCGUGACAAAGUGUGUUAUCCUAAAUAUAGCUCGGAGAAAACUUGACCAAGAGUAAAAAAAGUCAAGGAUGAAAAAGGGGGUAUAUCAACAACACUAUGCACUAUAAAAUGUGCAAAACACGUUCUAAAAAACAACGUCUAAAACAUGAAAUGACCACAAUGGAUAAAAUCCUGUAUUGGAUAUAUGAAUAAAUAAGAUACUCCAGUAAACGUCCUUAUCGAUGGAGGGGCCCUUCUACGAGACCUGGACCCAAUGUAUACAGGAGAUCGAUGGAUGAUCCUGAGAUGCCCAGCGAGCUCAACCCCAGAUGAUCAUGGUUAGACGGCACAAAUGCUCACAGUUGGUGAGCGGUGCCGAUCGUCGGACACCCACUAAGUUGGGGUAGCACAGCUAUCUGGCAGCGUGUAGAAAAGCCACGGCCGGUAACUUUAAAAAAGACAGCGGCUAAGUAAAAGGAGCAGCGUAAAUGGAUAAGACGUGGACCGAUGAGUCUACGCGCUUCGUCUCAUAAGUGAAACUUUUUCAAGAGAACGUCCUUGUCUACAGAUUAGCCUUAUAUACGCCUUGGUCAAGGGCACAUAGGGAAAAUAGCCAAUUGGAAAAAUAAAUGUAUAAGAAUAGAUGAAGAUCAAAGAUUGAACGUAAUAGAUAUUAAACAUAAUCGUUUAUUUAACUCAAAAUCUAGGUGUCGGUUCCAAACAUGAAAAUAUAAUAAAAUAUAUAGAACAUAUCCUGUAAAUACAGGACUAACAUAUGAUAAAUAAUAAAUACCGCUAUCAUAGCUGAUAUCUAAAUGAAAAGGGGAGAGAAACAUUAUAGAAGUGAUAAAAGCACAAUUAACCAACGUAGAAAUAAAUAGCCAGGUAAUGGGAUGGAUACGGAUAAGCACUCUAUCAGUUCCAUAUUUCAGUGCUAUAUACCAUGAAAGUGCAAAUGUGCAGGAUAUACAUUCAAAUAAAAAUCUGGCACUGAAAUAACCAGUUAACCAUUUCAUAUCUAUCAAAGUGGGGAAAAGGUGAAUCUGUAGAAAUGAAAUAUAACCUAAACCAUUGUGAUAUCUAUCAAGAAUACCAUUGUGUUUUCUUUCUUAACAAUAAAAUAUAUAUAUACAUAAAAAAAAUCUGUUUGCAAUUUGUUUUUUUUUGUUCCUAGAGUGCAGUAUUUAGUUCGGUGUUCGGCGAUUUAAUGACGCAGUUUGAAAGGCUGCAGGGCAGCCAAUCAGCAAGUGUUUGACUCAUGUGCCCUUAGAAGCCAUCACAGCCAUGCCUACUUAUGGCAUGGCUGUGAUUGGCCAGUGCAGCAUGUGACCCAGCUAGUAGGGGCAUGUCUAUUAAACAGUUAAAAAACGAAAAAAAUUCCCGCAACGCGCGAGUGGGGGCUUUUAAACUAAAGGGGGACCUAUUGCCCCCCCCCAGCCCCCACCCCUGAGUGGUUGGUGGGAGCUAUAAAUAAGAAUUUGGGGGGGGGGACCUAUUGUCCUCCCCCAGCCCCCACCCCUGAGUGGUGGGUGGGGGCCAUAAAUAAGAAUUUGGGGGGGACCUAUUGCCCCCCCCCAGCCCCCACCCCUGAGUGGUGGGUGGGGGCCAUAAAUAAGAAUUUGGGGGGGGACCUACUGUCCUUCCCCCCCCCCCGGCCUCCACCCCUGCAUGGCGGGUGGGGGACUUAAAUAACAAUAAGGGGGGACCAUAAAUAAAAAUUGGGGGGAACACACCUAAUGUCCUCCCCCCGGCCCCCACCCCUGUGCGGCGGGUGGUGGCCCUAAAUAACAAUAAGGGGGGGGGGGACCUACUGUCCUCCACCCAGCCCCCACCCCUGCGUGGAGGGUGGGGGCCCUAAAUAACAAAAGGGGGGGACACCUACAGUCCUCCCCCCGGCCCCCACCCCUGUGCGGUGGGUGUGGGCCCUAAAUAACAAUAAGGGGGGGACCUAAUGUCCUCCCCCUGGCCCCCACCCCUAAACGGCGGGUGGGGGCCCUAAAUAAAAAAUGUACCCCCCCCCAGGUGACUAGGGGUUCCCAAACCCCUAGUCACCACCCUCCCCCCCAAAAAUGUACCCCUACCUACCCUCCUCAUCCUAAAAAUAAUGAGGGGGACCCUUAUCUAAAUACCUGUUAAAAAAAAAAUGUAAAAAAAUAGACUUACCAUUUGAUGUCUUCUUUCUUUAUUCUAAAAUCUUCUUUUUUCAGACCCAAAAAAGGCCAAAUAAAAAAUCCAUAAUAACCGAAGCACUAAAAAAAAAAAACCCAAAAAAAAUUUUCACUCAUGGAGGGCUUCGUGCAGACUGAGCUCUGCCCUGCAAUUAGGCUCAGAGCAUUCUGAUUGGUGGGUUUAAGCCAUCCAAUCAGAGUGCUCUGACAGGUAAAUGAAGAGACUGACAGGUAAGGUUUGAAAUCCACCAAUCAGAGUGCUCUGUGUCAUUUUACACAGCGUGGGAAAGUUCUUUAGAAUUUUCCCACGCUGUGUAAUUUGACUCAUAACUGUCUGAUUGGUUACUUAAUCCACCAAUCAGAGUGCUCUGUGUCAUUUUACACAGCGUGGGAAAAUUCACUGAAUUUACUAAUACUAAGUAAUCUUUACUUCGUAUUACUAAAUGUGGCUGAAAGACCAGUUUAGGUCUUUCAGCCUUUUGGUAGAUAGCUCCCUAAUACCGUGGGAAUUAGGGAGUUAUCUACUAAGCGGCUGCUUAUUUUAUGUAUUUUAUAUUAUUUUAAGUGAUUUCCCUAUCCACAUUUGUUUGCAGGGCACUUGUCCUACUCUUACCCCCAUUGUACUUCCUUUUGCAGUCCUCUAGCCCUUUCCAGGAGUUUUUUAGAGCAAUUUUUGUGCCCAAAAGUUCGGGUCCCCAUUAACUUCAAUGGGGUUUGGGUUCGGGGUCAAGUUCGAGCCCGAACCCGGACUUUUUUUUUCAAAGUUCGGCCGAACCCGCCGGACCCUAACAUCCAGGUGUCCGCUCAACUCUACCCAUCAGCCCUCAUCAAGAUCGUGGAUUUUGUAGAUUUGGACUCUGUGGUGGCUCGUGGAUUUGUUAUCUACGCAACAAACAGCCUCAGACUUCCUUCUGGAAUAACACAAGUUUAAGGCAGCGUUCAUCUUGGAUUGCUCAGUUUAAGGUUGUGUUCGAUUAGAUUCUCACACAUACACCCAGCUCCAGGUCAGCUCCCAUUCCACGCCUGCCCUUAGCACAUGCGUGGCCACACUCCGUGUCUUUUAUGAUGUAUGAUUGACAGGACACAAACUGAGGCAGAACAUGUACAUUCCUUGUUUUAACCCAGCGACAAGAAUCCCAGUGUUUCUGCCUCUGCUGUCAUUUUGUGAUGACCACUAGAAGAAUGCCAGGGUCCAGCUGGUAACGAAGUGUUUUCUGCUACUUGUUCCUCCACUCCUUUCUGUCCCCUGGCCUUUUCACCCUUUGAUUUGGGAAUUGACCCUGUUACUUGCUGCCCUUAUUGACCUGAGGAACCACUCAAUGUCACUGACCCUUUGCUGCCCACCUCGACCUGAGGAACCAUUCACUGUCAUUGACCCUUUGCUGCCCACCUUGACUUGCGGAUCCGCUCACUGUCAUUGACCCUUUGCUGCCCACCUCGACCUGAGGAACCGUUCACUGUCAUUGACCCAUUGCUGCCCACCUUGACCUGCGGAUCCGCUCACUGUCAUUGACCCUUUGCUGCCCACCUUGACCUGUGGAACCGCUCACUGUCAUUGACCCUUUGCUGCCCACCUCGACCUGAGGAACCGCUUACUGUCACUACGUACCUCUAUUCACUAUUCAAGUUAAUUGUAUUAAACAAACUACCCAACUGUGUUUGUCUGUGUGGAUGUGCGUGCAGCUCUGGUAUACCCCUCGCUGACACUCUAUUCAAUCCGCAAACAUGGACUACAUCCUGCAGUACGGAGACCUAAUCAAACCAUGUUCCUAGCAUGCCGUGUCCAUGGAGACUAGAAUUCCAGGUUCUUACCAGAAUGUCCACUUCAAAAUCCAAGUGAACUCUUACCGGACGUUCACGACCCAUUUCUCGCUACAUUGUGUGACAAGCACGGCGUCCAGGACUCCCCCAGAUCGUGAUAAUGGCAGCACACUCGAGUUAACCCUUGGCUGACUGUGGUCUGAGGAUGACCUUCCUUCUCAAAGUGGAAGUUUAAGACCACAAUAUCUCCACAGAAAUCACAGCUUUUACUGGCAAGUUCGGCCUUACAUACGUAACUCCCAGUUUAGUGAAUAACUGUGGUAGUUAUUGCUUUAUUCUGAUUGGCUCUAUCUAUGAGACAGUGGUGGUCCGGCUGGUCCCCACCUGCUCUGUGUGUGUGUGUAUAGGAAUUAUAUUGUGCAUGCUAUAAUAGCGUUCAGAUUAAUUUUAUAACUUAUAGCCUGGGUUCACCAUUUAUUGUUGAGCAGAGCAGGACUGGUCUUCACGGUCUCUUAGCCACUCUCUCUCACUGUUUUUUUUGUCUGCUUCUCUCUUGUCUGUCUUGGUGUCUGUCUUUCUUUGUGUCAUUCUUCUUGUCUCUGUCUCUAAUUUUUGUCAUCUCACUCACUGUUUUUUUGUCUCUCUGUCUGUCUAUGCAUUUGUCUCUGCCUCUUUCUCCAUGUCUUUGUCUGUCUCUCACUUUGUAUCUUUGUCUCUCUCGCCGUCUGUAUUUGUCUCUCUUUCCACUCUGUCUUUAUGUCUCUGUCUUUGUGUCUGUCUCUCCUCGUCCCUGUCGUUUUUCUGUGUAUGUCUCUCUCCACUCUGUCUCUGUUCACUCUAUGAAUCUGUCUCUGUAUCUCGCUUUCUGUGCAUGUCUUUCUGUCAUUUUUCUGUGUAUGUCUCCAUUCUCUCUCUCUCUCUGUCUGUCUGUGUUUGUCUCUCUGUCUCUCUCUCUGUGAAUAAAGAAAGUGUAAAGCUGUGUUAUAAGCUGGGAGGGUUGGAGAUGCAGUCUUGCCAGGUGAUUGGUUACCUGUAUGGUGGGAGGGGUGGCUCACACACACUGUACAGUGUACAUCACACAGUGCACCUUGACCCAUCGGAGGAGAUACAGUGACACAGCUGGGACAUUCACUGCUGGGGCUGAAGCCAUCAAAGACAGGUCUGUAUAUAUGUGUGUGUGUGUAUGGGGGGUGGAGUGGGGAUUCCUGUGUUAUGAAAUUAGUUCAAGCCACGUUGGUGGCAAUGGGCACGUGGCUCCUCAGUGGGUGCACUGUUUGCUUAUAUCAGUUUUCAUGUUGUAGCGUAUUCCCAGUCUCUCAUUGCUGUCAAUUUUAGAUCUCAGAGGUUUAUUUGCUAAACCGUAAAUUGUAGGGAUUGGGAAUUCCAAAACGUAAAAUAAAAUAUUUAAACUGGCUGGCUGGGUGGGAAUAUGUUUCCAAAUCCAUCUUUAAUUGGCUAAACUUUACAACAUUUAGUGAAUAAACAGCAACUUUCAGCAGAAUGAGUGUGUAUAUGUAUGGACGUGUAUAUAUAUUAUUUGUUGUUUGUUUGUUUGUUUGUUUCUAUCGUUCAUUAGCCGAGUUGAUGAUUUGCCAGUGAAAGUCUAACAAUCCUAAACUCUGGCACUUAGGAAAGUUACCACAAACCUGUUCCAAUCAUCUGGGGUUUGCGGAGUUCAAUCAUCAACCUGAGGAGAGCUGCAGGGUUCAGUAUUCAGCCUAUGGAGAGCUGCAGGGUUCAGUGCUCAGUCUAUGGAGAGCUGCAGGGUUCAGUGUUCAGUCUAUGGAGAGCUGCAGGGUUCAGUGCUCAGUCUAUGGAGAGCUGAAGGGUUCAGUAUUCAGUCUAUGGAGAGCUGCUGGGUUCAGUAUUCAGUCUAUGGAGAGCUGCAGGGUUCAGUAUUCAGUCUAUGGAGAGCUGCAGGGUUCAGUAUUCAGUCUAUGGAGAGCUGCAGGGUUCAGUAUUCAGUCUAUGGAGAGCUGCAGGGUUCAGUAUUCAGUCUAUGGAGAGCUGCAGGGUUCAGUGUUCAGUCUAUGGAGAGCUGCAGGGUUCAGUGUCAGUCUAUGGAGAGCUGCAGGGUUCAGUGUUCAGUCUAUGGAGAGCUGCAGGGUUCAGUAUUCAGUCUAUGGAGAGCUGCAGGGUUCAGUGUUCAGUCUAUGGAGAGCUGCAGGGUUCAGUGUUCAGUCUAUGGAGAGCUGCAGGGUUCAGUAUUCAGUCUAUGGAGAGCUGCAGGGUUCAGUAUUCAGUCUAUGGAGAGCUGCAGGGUUCAGUGUUCAGUCUAUGGAGAGCUGCAGGGUUCAGUGCUCAGUCUAUGGAGAGCUGCAGGAGUGCAGGGUGUAUUCAGUCUAUGGAGAGCUGCAGGGUUCAGUGUUCAGUCUAUGGAGAGCUGCAGGGUUCAGUGUUCAGUCUAUGGAGAGCUGCAGGGUUCAGUGUUCAGUCUAUGGAGAGCUGCAGGGUUCAGUGUUCAGUCUAUGGAGAGCUGCAGGGUUCAGUAUUCAGUCUAUGGAGAGCUGCAGGGUUCAGUAUGCUCAGUCUAUGGAGAGCUGCAGGGUUCAGUGUUCAGUCUAUGGAGAGCUGCAGGGUUCAGUAUUCAGUCUAUGGAGAGCUGCAGGGUUCAGUGUUCAGUCUAUGGAGAGCUGCAGGGUUCAGUGUUCAGUCUAUGGAGAGCUGCAGGGUUCAGUGUUCAGUCUAUGGAGAGCUGCAGGGUUCAGUGUUCAGUCUAUGGAGAGCUGCAGGGUUCAGUACUCAGCCUAUGGAGAGCUGCAGGGUUCAGUUCAGUCUAUGGAGAGCUGCAGGGCUCAGUGCUCAGUCUAUGGAGAGCUGCAGGGUUCAGUAUUCAGUCUAUGGAGAGCUGCAGGGUUCAGUAUUCAGUCUAUGGAGAGCUGCAGGGUUCAGUGCUCAGUCUAUGGAGAGCUGCAGGGUUCAGUAUUCAGUCUAUGGAGAGCUGCAGGGUUCAGUAUUCAGUCUAUGGAGAGCUGCAGGGUUCAGUGUCUAUGGAGAGCUGCUGGGUUCAGUAUUCAGUCUAUGGAGAGCUGCAGGGUUCAGUUUAUGGAGAGCUGCAGGGCUCAGUAUUCAGUCUAUGGAGAGCUGCUGGGUUCAGUAUUCAGUCUAUGGAGAGCUGCAGGGUUCAGUUUAUGGAGAGCUGCAGGGCUCAGUAUUCAGUCUAUGGAGAGCUGCAGGGUUCAGUGUUCAGUCUAUGGAGAGCUGCAGGGAUCAGUGUUCAGUCUAUGGAGAGCUGCAGGGUUCAGUAUUCAGUCUAUGGAGAGCUGCAGGGUUCAGUGCUCAGUCUAUGGAGAGCUGGAUGGUUCGGUGUUCAUUCUAUGGAGGGCUGCAGGGUUUAGUAUUCAGUCUAUGGAGAGCUGCAGGGUUCAGUAUUCAGUCUAUGGAGAGCUGCAGGGUUCAAUGUUCAGUCUAUGGAGAGCUGCAGGGUUCAGUGCUCAGUCUAUGGAGAGCUGCAGGGUUCAGUGUUCUGCGGAGGUGAUGUGGUAGUUUUUUUUUUGUUUUUUUUAUUUGAUUUUUUUUUAUCUGCUGUUGGGAGUUGGGGUAACUGAGACAGACCAGUGGUGGUAUUGGGGGGAUAUUUCACGUGGUGAGUGGGGUGUGAUGUGACACCUCUCGCAGUGUGUUGGAUCUGCCAUUAGCCAACCUUUUUUUACCUCCCAGGUUGAUGCGGUAAUGUGCAAGAAUCGAAAGGGUCUGCUUGUAGGAUGCCUGAUCUUAAUCUCUGUGAUAUCUGGGAUUGUAGCCCUCAUCCUCAGCAUUGUGGAAAUACGAAAUACCUACCUACCAUCACCUGACAAGGUAGGUCUCUGGAUUCCCACAAUCAUUUUCAUACAUCGCCCCACAAAGUUUCCGUCUAUGCCAUAAAAAUGAAAGUGGGGUUAGUUGGGAGCCCCUGCAACCUGGCAUUCCGAUGUAUGUUUCAUUACAAAAUAAAUACAGAGAAUUUCAAGUGUUUUACCAAAUAUUUUUUGAAAUGACAUUUUUAUAACUUGGUCCUACUACAGGCUAGCGGGUAUGAUCCUGCACCUCUGUUUGUCGGUUACCAGUCAUUAAGUCUUUAUUAAGAGUCUCAGAAUUACAAACUAAUGGAAGAGUUUACAUUUUUAGGCUACAAUAAGUGAAUUUGAAGCAUAGGAGACUUGGAGAAUCUUUCCAGUGAGCUUGUCCUUCAAUUUGUGUUUCCCUUUGAAUUUUCACUUUGUGAAAAACCCUGUCUGUGUUCGGUGGUAUUUUGACCUCCACGUUAAAGCACAGAGCAGUAGUCAACUUUGACUGAUAAAAAUACCUGUUACUAUGCAGUUUAAAAUGCAACCUAAACGGAAAACUGAUUAAUGUAUCUGGGAACGAGGUCAGGCGAGGAUCGAUCUGUGAUUUGCAGUUCACGGAUGUUAUUAAUACCCGGAUAACACAUUUAUACAGGAUAAACCGACCCAUUCUAUUGCCAGAAAAUGAAACUGUAUCACGCCAUAAGAAGCCUGCAUUAAAAUGCAAAUAUGUGGGUAAGAACAGAAAACUUGCGAAUUAUAGAGAAAACCAAAUUUAAAAAAUGUAAGCCGAAAGGGGGCAAACGUUUGUUUUCAGAAAAAUUAUCACAUUUCGAAAAAAACUUCAUUUGAAAAAAAUUCUCCACUCAAAUUUCAUCGCUUGUAACCUGAAUUCUACCAUUUGGUUUUCAUUCAAACCACAACCAUUUACUGAUUAAUGAAUAAACCACUUAAUGGUUUUAACAAGUGGUCCUAAUUUAUUGAAAAGGAGCACAGUAAGCACCAUAACCACUGCAACUGAUUGAAGUGGUGAUGGUGUCUGGAGUGCAUGGUUGCUGGGUCCUGCAUUACUGUUAAACUCCUAUAACGCACCUCUUUCAAUAAGCUGUAAUAAUACAUAUUUUUCCUUUCAAAUACUGUGAAGUUUUAGGAACAGUUUUUGGAUGGAUAAUCCGGAAUAGGUGAAAGUGCAUUCGGCGAGUUACAGACAAUGGGAAAUAUUUGAAUUAAAAAUCUGUAGUAAAAAAGUGUUUCAGACAAUAUUCUUCAAAUAAAUCUACAGGAAGAGUACAUACAGCUAGUGAUCUGUUCAUUAACAGGACUGUACAACAGACUAGAAUUCUGGUAUUCAGGAAAAUGAUAUAGAGAAAGGGUGCAAGGUAAUCAGAUCCGUAAUCUAUAGGUGAGACGACAACCCAAAUUAAUCCGAGACAGAAGAUACGUUAAAAAUAAAAAAAAAAACACAACAGUCAGUCUAAAGAGUGCAUGAGAUGAGACUAGAAAAAUAUUAUAAACCUUUAUUUACGGAACAAAAACCACAAUUAAAAAAUAAAAUAAAAAAAAAAAGACAACUUUAUGUCCUUUAUGUCCUGGACUCCCUAACGCACCCCUAAAGUGCGAUAAAUGUGAUUUUGCUCAAACUAAACCUAAGGAUCUACAGGGGUUUCAUAUAAAGGAUUCAAAUCCCUCAAACUAGUGGAACGUAUCGCAAUCCUUACGACAAUCUCCACACACUAUAAGGGAUAGUGUGUGUGUGUGUAUAUAUAUCCCCACAACAACCCCGGCACACUAUAAGGGAUAGUGUGUGUGUAUAUAUCUAUGUACCCCUACGACAACCCCAGCACACUAUAAGGGAUAGUGUGUGUGUGUGUGUGUGUAUAUAGUUAUCUAUCCCUACGACAACCCCGGCACACUAUAAGGGAUAGUGUGUGUGUGUGUGUAUAUAUAGUUAUCUAUCCCUACGACAACCCCGGCACACUAUAAGUGGUAAUGUGUCUAUAAAAUAUAUUUAUUUCUCUCUCUAAAUAAACAUUUAGUGAAUAUACCACCUUCUUUGUUGGCAUUAUACCAGAGAUCUGUAGGUAUAUAUAUAUAUAUAUAUAUAUAUAUACACUAAUUACCCAGGGUGUACAAGGGAAGGCUCUGUAUAUAAACUAUCUUUAGUGCAGGCAGGACAGGCGGUUAAUCAGGUUUAGUGUUACAUUCACAUUUAUCGCAUCUUAGGUGUGUUAUGCGAGUUCUGGGUAUAUAGGUUUUUUUUUUUUAUUGCGGUUUUUGUUACUUAACCCCUUACGGACCAAACUUCUGGAAUAAAAGGGAAUCAUGACAUGUCACACAUGUCAUGUGUCCUUAAGGGGUUGAAUAAAAAUGUAAAAAAGGUAUGUGGUAUUUUUAGGCAUAUCUCGUGCAUCCCCUCAGACUGUGGCUGUUUUUAGACUGAGUCUUUUCUUUCAUCUUUUGUCUCAGAGGAAAAAGAUUUCACCUACAUCUACAAAAAGGUUCUUUAGAAUUACGAUUAAUUAAAUAGACCCGUUGUGUUGGUGAAGCUGGGAGAACUCUUACUCCUGCCUGGGGGUUUACCAACCAAGGAUAUUCAAAUUUUAGUUCGAAAUAGCUGGGGGGAAAAACCAAACCAACAUAACGGAGUUUGGGAAUACUUCACCCACCCACCCCCCACCCUUCCCAAUUGGUAUAAACUUUGCAAUUCUUUCAUCACUUUCUGAUUUUGAGACUAAGUAUUGCAAGCCCCUAUUUAGCCGGUUUAAUCAUUAUACAGUUAAUUUUACAUUAGGCCAAAUGAGGAGAUUUGGGAAGUCGGCAAAGGCACAAUAAAUAUUCUGAAUAAUUGGGAUAAAUUUAUCAAAUUAAUUGUCUGGUUCCCAUAACUUGCUGUUGCGUUAAAAAAAAAAAAACCCGUUCCAUUAGAUUUAUUAUUUUUUCUGGUGUUUUUGUGAAUUUCGAUCAAGCUUUAAUUGCAGGAAUUACAUUGUUUCUGUAAUACCCAGCAUUCCGUGAUCGGUGGGAAUUUUUCCCAUGAUGCUCUGUUUUUUUUUUCUCUUCCAGUACGGAAUAGUGUUUGACGCCGGCUCGUCCCACACCUCCCUUUAUGUUUACAAGUGGCCUGCGAAUAAAGAGAAUGACACGGGGAUUGUCAGCCAGAUCUACAUGUGCAGCAUACAAGGUGUGUCUGUGUGUCCCAUCAGUGUAACCCUUCAGCUCCUGAACCUUGGAAGGGAUAGAAUCAACGAAUAAACUAUUAAAAUAUAGAGAGAAACUAAACUGGAAAUUGUAAAGGAGUUUUAAGUGUUAAACCCCAAGCAAUCACAUUGUAAAAACCUUCCCUCUUGUCUAUUUUUUCCCUAAAAUGUGCUAUUCUGUGGUUGAUUUCCCACAAUUAUUUAAAAAACCUCCUGGCAAUCAAAGGUUAAUGUGCAAUAUAGAAUUAUCUAUCUGGCAAAUUGCCUUAUAAAAAAAAUAAACAAAUUUAUUCAAAACCUAAUAAUCUCAGGGACCAUUUGGAGCAGUGAGUGCCCCAGACAGUAGUUUCGCCCUGUGUGAAUGAGCACAGCAAUCUAGACAAUAUCCCCUAUAAUCUGGGGGGACGGGGGAUUUUUUAUACACGUCAUAGUAACAGUAGGAGAUAUGAGAAUGUGGCUCGUGGCUUCGCAUUCACACGGUCUAAUAAAGAUUGCUAUACAACAAUAAAACACACCCAUGGAAAAUACGCAGUGAGGAAAAUAUCUUGAUAUAUGGCCCUACAUAUAAUAAACAGGACUCCGGGAAUCUCCGCUUAACCCCUUCAGUGCCGAGCAGGCCUUGAAAGUCUGCAGUGCGAAGUGGGUGGUCAGUUUAUUUGGUGCGGUCAUACUGUAUUUAGAACUAUAAUUUUAUAGAGGUGUCCUGUCGGUCUGUAAAUGAGGUUAAAUAGACGAUUCUCACGUAUGGCCGUGUUGGUCUGUAACAGUAGUUAAAGGGUGUCUCAACCUCUAUAACCUCUUCAGCUUUUUAAAGUGGUCAUGGUGGUAGGAGUUUCUGCUAGAAACCAGAGAUAUUUGGCAUUAUGAAAGUCCUAUGAUUGGACCGUGAGACGCGUCAGCCGGAGGAGGGAGAUCAGCGCCGGGAACUUUGCCCAACACUGGAUUACAGCUAAAUUUUAACUGUAACUUUUUUAAGGUGGGGACCUUUUGGCAAUGCCCAAUAGUGCAAUGUAUGCCCAAAAACAUAAACUUACAUAACGGGUUGGAGUAAACCUUUAAAGGGACAAUUCUCAUGGAUUACCAUUUCUGUCUGUAACGGAGGUUAAAGGGAUGAUUCUUACGGAUCACCAUGUCAUAAUGGAGGUUAAAGGGACGAUUCUCAUGGAUGCUCAUGCCGGUCUGUAACAGGGACGCCAUGUCUGUCUGUAAUGGAUGUUAAAGGGACGAUUCUCAGGGAUCUCCAUGUCGGUUUGUAACUGAGGUUAAAGGGAGGAUUCUCCCGGAUGCUCAUGUCAGUCUGUAACAGAGGCUAAAGAACCGAUUCUCACAGAUCGCCAUGUCUGUCUGUAACUGAGGUUAAAAGGACUAUUCUCAUGAAUCAACAUGUCAGUCUGUAAUGGAGGUUAAAGGGACGAUUCUCACAGAUCGCCAUGUCGGUCUGUAACAGAUGUUAAAGGGACGAUUCUCCCAGAUCGCCGUGUUGUAAUGGAGGUUAAAGGGACGAUUCUCACGGAUCGCCAUGUCGGUCUGUAACAGAUGUUAAAGGGACGAUUCUCCCAGAUCGCCGUGUUGUAAUGGAGGUUAAAGGGGCUAUUCUCACAGAUCGCCAUGUCGGUCUGUAACAGAGGUUAAAGAACCGAUUCUUACGGAUCGCCAUGUCUGUCUGUAAUGGAGGUUAAAGGGACGAUUCUCAGGGAUCUCCAUGUCGGUUUGUAACUGAGGUUAAAGGGAGGAUUCUCCCGGAUGCUCAUGUCGGUCUGUAACAGAGGUUAAAGGGACGAUUCUUACGGAUCGCCGUGUCUGUCUGUAAUGGAGGUUAAAGAACCGAUUCUCACAGAUCGCCAUGUCGGUCUGUAACAGAGGUUAAAGGGACGAUUCUCACGGAUCGUCAUGUCGGUCUGUAACAGAGGUUAAAGGGACGAUUCUAACGGAUCACCAUGUCAGUCUGUAAUGGAGGUUAAAGGCACGAUUCUCAUGGAUCACUAUGUCGGUCUGUAACGGAGUUUAAAGGGACGAUUCUAACGGAUCACCAUGUCAGUCUGUAACGGAGGUUAAAGAACCGAUUCUCACGGAUCGCCAUGUCGGUCUGUAACAGAUGUUAAAGGGACGAUUCUCACAGAUCGCCAUGCCGGUCUGUAACAGAGGUUAAAGGGACGAUUCUCACGGAUCACUAUGUCGGUCUGUAACGGAGGUUAAAGGGACGAUUCUAACGGAUCACCGUGUCAGUCUGUAAUGGAGGUUAAAGGCACGAUUCUCACGGAUCGCCAUUGUAAUGUCUCUUUAAAGCUGUCCAGUGAACAUGAAAUAUAACUGUGUAAUACCAAACGUGACUUAGCAAACCCAUAACUAGGAGUGUCCGAAGGCUACACUCAGUGGGAUGAAAAGUCAAAUAUUGCCCAAUGUAGUGACUAACUGUGCCAGCGGCUUCAUAUUUAAUGUAUGAAACCAGAAUAACCUGUCACUUUCUUACAUGGAGAAAUAAUUGUAAAAAAAAAAAAACUUUAUGAUUUCUUUAAAUAUGAACUGCUAGGAAUACAACGUGUACAGUGAAUGUAUAUAUAGCGCUAACAGGUGUCCCCAGCACUUUACAGGUUACAUUACAGUAGAGGGAGGUACAGUAAGUGCAGUAGGUAUACAGUGUAUGUAUAUUAUAUUUAUAUAGCGCUAACAGGUGUACUCAGCACUUUACAGGUUACAUUACAGUAGAGGGAGGUACAGUAAGUGCAGUAGGUAUACAGUGUAUGUAUAUUUAUUUAUAUAGCGCUAACAGGUGUACUCAGCACUUUACAGGUUACAUUACAGUAGAGGGAGGUACAGUAAGUGCAGUAGGUAUACAGUGUAUGUAUAUUAUAUUUAUAUAGCGCUAACAGGUGUACUCAGCACUUUACAGGUUACAUUACAGUAGAGAGAGGUACAGUAAGUGCAGUAGGUAUACAGUGUAUGUAUAUUUUAUUUAUAUAGCGCUAACAGGUGUACUCAGCACUUUACAGGUUACAUUACAGUAGAGGGAGGUAUAGUAAGUGCAGUAGGUAUACAGUGUAUGUAUAUUUUAUUUAUAUAGCGCUAACAGGUGUACUCAGCACUUUGCAGGUUAUAUUACAGUAGAGGGAGGUACAGUAAGUGCAGUAGGUAUACAGUGUAUGUAUAUUUUAUUUAUAUAGCGCUAACAGGUGUACUCAGCACUUUACAGGUUAUAUUACAGUAGAGGGAGGUACAGUAAGUGCAGUAGGUAUACAGUGUAUGUAUAUUUAAUUUAUAUAGCGAUAACAGGUGUACUCAGCACUUUACAGGUUACAUUACAGUAGAGGGAGGUACAGUAAGUGCAGUAGGUAUACAGUGUAUGUAUAUUUUAUUUAUAUAGCGCUAACAGGUGUACUCAGCACUUUACAAGUUACAUUACAGUAGAGGGAGGUACAGUAAGUGCAGUAGGUAUACAGUGUAUGUAUAUUUUAUUUAGAUAACGCUAACAGGUAUACUCAGCACUUUACAGGUUACAUUAUAGUAGAGGGAGGUACAGUAAGUGCAGUAGGUUUACAGUGUAUGUAUAUUAUAUUUAUAUAACACUAACAGGUGUACUAAGCAGUUUACUGAUAACAUUACAGUAGAGGGAGGUACAGUAUGUGCAGUAGGUAUACAGUGUAUGUAUAUUUUAUUUAUAUAGCGCUAACAGGUGUACUCAGCACUUUACAGGUUACAUUACAGUAGAGGGAGGUACAGUAAGUGCAGUAGGUAUACAGUGUAUGUAUAUUAUAUUUAUAUAGAGCUAACAGGUAUACUCAGCACUUUACAGGUUACAUUACAGUAGAGGGAGGUACAGUAAGUGCAGUAGGUAUACAGUGUAUAUAUUUUAUUUAUAUAGCGCUAACAGGUGUACUCAGCACUUUACAGGUUACAUUACAGUAGAGGGAGGUACAGUAAGUGCAGUAGGUAUACAGUGUGUGUAUAUUUUAUUUAUAUAGCGCUAACAGGUGUACUCAGCACUUUACAGGUUACAUUACAGUAGAGGGAGGUACAGUAAGUGCAGUAGGUAUACAGUGUAUGUAUAUUUUAUUUAUAUAGCGCUAACAGGUGUACUCAGCACUUUACAGGUUACAUUACAGUAGAGGGAGAUACAGUAAGUGCAGUAGGUAUACAGUGUAUGUAUAUUUAUUUAUAUAGCGCUAACAGGUGUACUCAGCACUUUACAGGUUACAUUACAGUAGAGGGAGGUACAGUAAGUGCAGUAGGUAUACAGUGUAUGUAUAUUAUAUUUAUAUAGCGCUAACAGGUGUACUCAGCACUUUACAGGUUACAUUACAGUAGAGGGAGGUACAGUAAGUGCAGUAGGUAUACAGUGUAUGUAUAUUUUAUUUAUAUAGCGCUAACAGGUGUACUCAGCACUUUACAGGUUACAUUACAGUAGAGGGAGGUACAGUAAGUGCAGUAGGUAUACAGUGUAUGCAUAUUUAUUUAUAUAGCGCUAACAGGUGUACUCAGCACUUUACAGGUUACAUUACAGUAGAGGGAGGUACAGUAAGUGCAGUAGGUAUACAGUGUAUGUAUAUUAUAUUUAUAUAGCGCUAACAGGUGUACUCAGCACUUUACAGGUUACAUUACAGUAGAGGAGGUACAGUAAGUGCAGUAGGUAUACAGUGUAUGUAUAUUUAUUUAUAUAGCGCUAACAGGUGUACUCAGCACUUUACAGGUUACAUUACAGUAGAGGGAGGUACAGUAAGUGCAGUAGGUAUACAGUGUAUGUAUAUUAUAUUUAUAUAGCGCUAACAGGUGUACUCAGCACUUUACAUUACAUUACAGUAGAGGGAGGUACAGUAAGUGCAGUAGGUAUACAGUGUAUGUAUAUUUUAUUUAUAUAGUAACAGGUGUACUCAGCACUUUACAGGUGUACUCAGCACUUUACAGGUUACAUUACAGUAGAGGGAGGUACAGUAAGUGCAGUAGGUAUACAGUGUAUGUAUAUUUUAUUUAUAUAGCGCUAACAGGUGUACUCAGCACUUUACAGGUUACAUUACAGUAGAGGGAGGUACAGUAAGUGCAGUAGGUAUACAGUGUAUAUAUAUUAUAUUUAUAUAGCGCUAACAGGUGCACUCAGCACUUUACAGGUUACAUUACAGUAGAUGGAGGUACAGUAAGUGCAGUGGGUAUACAGUGUAUGUAUAUUAUAUUUAUAUAGCACUAAUAGGUGUACUCAGCACUUUACAGGUUACAUUACAGUAGAGGGAGGUACAGUAAGUGCAGUAGGUAUUCAGUGUAUGUAUAUUAUAUUUAUAUAACACUAACAGGUGUACUCAGCAGUUUACUGAUAACAUUACAGUAGAGGGAGGUACAGUAAGUGCAGUAGGUAUACAGUGUAUGUAAAUUUUAUUUAUAUAGCACUAACAGGUGUACUCAGCACUUUACAGGUUACAUUACAGUAGAGGGAGGUACAGUAAGUGCAGUAGGUAUUCAGUGUAUGUAUAUUAUAUUUAUAUAACACUAACAGGUGUACUCAGCAGUUUACUGAUAACAUUACAGUAGAGGGAGGUACAGUAAGUGCAGUAGGUAUACAGUUUAUGUAUAUUAUAUUUAUAUAGCGCUAACAGGUAUACUCAGCGCUUUACAGAUUACAUUACAGUAGAGGGAGGUACAGUAAGUGCAGUAGGUAUACAGUGUAUAUAUAUUUUAUUUAUAUAGCGCUAACAGGUGUACUUAGCAGUUUACUGAUAACAUUACAGUAGAGGGAGGUACAGUAAGUGCAGUAGGUAUACAGUGUAUGUAUAUUUUAUUUAUAUAGCGCUAACAGGUGUACUCAGCACUUUACAGGUUACAUUACAGUAGAGGGAGGUACAGUAAGUGCAGUAGGUAUACAGUGUAUGUAUAUUUUAUUUAUAUAGCGCUAACAGGUGUACUCAGCACUUUACAGGUUACAUUACAGUAGAGGGAGGUACAGUAAGUGCAGUAGGUAUACAGUGUAUGUAUAUUUUAUUUAUAUAGAGCUAACAGGUGUACUCAGCACUUUACAGGUUACAUUACAGUAGAGGGAGGUACAGUAAGUGCAGUAGGUAUACAGUGUAUGUAUAUUUUAUUUAUAUAGUGCUAACAGGUGUACUCAGCACUUUACAGGUUACAUUACAGUAGAGGGAGGUACAGUAAGUGCAGUAGGUAUACAGUGUAUGUAUAUUUAUUUAUAUAGCGCUAACAGGUGUACUCAGCACUUUACAGGUUACAUUACAGUAGAGGGAGGUACAGUAAGUGCAGUAGGUAUACAGUGUAUGUAUAUUGUAUUUAUAUAGCGCUAACAGGUGUACUCAGCACUUUACAGGUUACAUUACAGUAGAGGGAGGUACAGUAAGUGCAGUAGGUAUACAGUGUAUGUAUAUUUUAUUUAUAUAGCACUAACAGGUGUACUCAGCACUUUACAGGUUACAUUACAGUAGAGGGAGGUACAGUAAGUGCAGUAGGUAUACAGUGUAUGUAUAUUAUAUUUAUAUGGUGCUAGCAGGUGUACUCAGCACUUUACAGGUUACAUUACAGUAGAGGGAGGUCCAGUAAGUGCAGUAGGUAUACAGUGUAUGUAUAUUAUAUUUAUAUAGAGCUAACAGGUGUACUCAGCACUUUACAGGUUACACCUGUUAGAGCUAUAUAAAUAAAAUAUAGACACACGUUACUGUAAUGUAUCCUGUACCCUGCUAUAUAUAGUCUAAUAUUCCUUCCCCCCAGCCUGGGAGCCCUUUCUGUGGGAUCUGUUGAUUUCCAAGGAUUAAUCAAUAAGGGUUAAAGGUCUUGGAAAGAUCAACGUUUAGAUGAGUUUGGGCUCCUGCCAGCUGGUUUAAUUCCAUUGUCACUGAAUGUUUGGGAGCUCCCAUGCAGGACGUGUCCUACUUUGAAUAAAUUCUUUGAUUUCCGGUGAUUUGGUGCAGGGAAUUCCUCUGGCAGUUUCCCUGUGUCGGUCUGCAGCUCUGCCCGGGAUCACAUUGAUUAGCAAUCACACGUUACAUGCCAAUAACACAUAUCAAACAUUAUGUCCUGUAUUAUUUGGGAGUGGGGAGGGAUUAACAGCUGGCAGCUCUAUUUGAUGGGGCUAAUAUAAAGGAUAUUCCAAGAACCGCGAUCACUUCAACAAUUUGAAGUGGUGAUGGUGCCUGACGUCUAUAUGUGCGGCGUUUUGCUAUAUAAAUGAUAGUUUGUAACUCGGGGAGGAACCCUCCCGACGUUUCUAUUGGUUCUCCUCUCGUGGAUGAGAUUUAGAUCAGUCUGAUAAAGCCAUAGAGGCGACAAUAAUUUAUAAUUUAUAAAGGUUGUGCUCAUUCCCAGACCUCCCAAUACUACAAAUGGACAAAGAGAGACACGAAUACAUUUAUACAACUAAAAUGUAACUUAAAACAAGAACAAUGUAUCUUCUCUACACAGACUGAUUUCUAAACACAUUUAUUGUAGCUUAAAGACACAUUACUGGGAGUAUUAUUGCUGUGGAGCUCUGUUAUACACUCAGACAUAUUACUGGGAGUAUUAUUGGUGUGGAGCUCUGUUAUACACUCAGGCACAUUACUGGGAGUAUUAUUGCUGUGGAGCUCUGUUAUACACUCAGACACAGUACUGGGAGUAUUAUUGCUGUGGAGCUCUGUUAUACACUCAGACACACCAACACUAUGGAGCUCCUAGAAAAGAGGGACGUUAGGAUAGAAUAGAGGGACAGAGGGAUUUGGGUCCAAAAUAAGGACUGUCCUUCCUAAACGGGGACACUUGGGAGGUAUGUAUUCUCUAACACUCUGCUUUUAACCUCCUAUUUUCAGGCCCAGGGAUUUCAUCCUAUGCUGAUAAUCCUGCCCAGGCCGGGGAAAGUUUAAAGCCGUGCAUGGAGGAAGCUUUGACUGUCAUCCCGGCAUCGCAACAGAAGGAAACAACCACCUUACUGGGUGCUACGGCCGGCAUGCGGCUUCUCAGGUAAGUCCUGGACUUCGAGACUGAUCAGGAUUUCAGCUGUUUAGUGGGCCACGGGUCUCUGCACACUAUAGAAUUAUGUAAAACCAGAGUAAAUUAACGAGUUUCAGUAAAAUAAAGAAAAUUACAUUUUACAACAGAGGACAAAAUACCAGGACUGGGAAUAUUGAUUUGGUAAAUUAAUUCCCACUGCGAUAUUGUGGCUCAGAUUAAGCCAGUACAAUUUUAACUACAAUUUAAUUACAAUUAUUUAUAUAUCUCCAACCUAUUCCACGGCGCUGUGCAAUAGUGAAACUAAACAAACCGCUAAUAAAACACGUAUGUCAUUCAGGAACAAAAGGUGAAGAGGGCACUACCAAAGGAGCUCACAAUCUAAAUUCUACAUUUAUUAAAUAAACUUUUGGAUGUAUAUAAAUGAAAAUUUUGAGGUUUAUUUGGGUUAAAAAAAAAAUAACUUGAAUACAUUUUAAGGGUAUUUUAGAUUAAAACUACUUGGCACUAGCACUAGACUAUGGCACGAAGUGUUUCCAAUAAAAAUUAAACUUUAAAUCUCAAUAUAUAAAAUCUAUUAUGGGUAACACGAUCUAUCAAGAGACAAAAAGGCAGAGCUCGCCAAGUUCAGGUAAGUUAAUUAGUAAUAACAAGAUUGCUGCAAUACGGUUAAAUUUAAAAAAUUUAAAAAAGAAAUCCUAAAAAUGUCAAAUAAUAUGUUCGAAGAAUGUGCCGAAAAGCUCUGGAAUGGAGAGAUGACAUGCACUGUAAACUGAUCUUAAUAUCUAAUUAAUUGUGAUAAAGGGUUAAAUCUAUAUUCUCUGUAUCCACGCUGGAGGACAAUGUCUCACUGUGACAUCCUAAUACUAGAGGUGUGUCUGCGGUUACAAGACAUAUGUCUGAACGAAAACAUAAACACGGGAGGGUUUUUCUUCCAGAUUAACGAGUAUAAAACAUCACUCCCUCUGAGGUACAAGCCUUUGCGCACGCCGCAUUCCAUGGAAUUUUCCACGUUAAACCACGUUUCCUUCCAAUCCAUCGUUUAAUGGUUAGUUAUUCUAUAGUGUAAGAAAUAUAAAGUUGUAUUCCUAACACUAUAGUUCCCUCUGCUCUUCCACUCGCCCCUCACCGCCCCGCCACACUGGCAGUUAAAUGGUUAAAAAAACACUUUAUUUCCACAAAUUCUGGAUAUCUUGUGGUAUUCGUUUUCUUGGCCGGGGAGAAGUGAUGGGGAUGGACUGCAUGUGAUCCAAUGAAGGCUAACUGUGACACCAGAUGAGUGUGAACUAAAAUUCUCAGAACUCAGUCAGCCCUGAGUGUUAUAACAAGGUCUCAAACUGAGGUCGGACCUUCAUUGUGGACUGCAGAAGUCACUGGUCCCACAUGGAAUGAGAUGGACCUGAGAGGGAGCAGUGUCAGACUUGAGGUUUUAUUUUAGUCAAUUCUGGAAUUAAACCCCACCACUGCCCCGUUUGCAGUGAACCCUCCCGUGAUUGUGUUUUGGUUACAUCCACAUCAAUUGACACUUAGAUUUCAAUAGUUGUACCAGAAAAGCCAGUAGAACUAGGAUUUCAAUAGAGUAAAACCAGCAUUGUCCCAUAACGUGUUUCCCCAUACGUCGUGCUAGCCAGAUGGAUACCUAAAGUUAUUCUGCUUAAAGUAAUUUAAAUUGUACUUAACAGGGGCGUAACUAGGAUCCACUGGGCCCCGCUGCAAGAAUGAAAAAGGGCCCCCCUCCAUGCUCACUCUAAGGAAUACACCAAAGGAUGUUUGUGGUGGCUGAGUGUGAAUGUGGUGGCUGGUUAAGUGUGAUAUGUAUGUGAGGGGCUGGUUGUGAUGUUGGCUGAGUGUGUGUGUAGGUUCUGCAGAGCUGGUUUUAUCCCUGAUGGUCCCGUGGAGCUGCUCUGGAGGUGUCCUUAGGCAGCAUUGUAUACAGCCGUUUCUCUGAAAAGGCAGUAUUUACAUAAAAACGCCAGCAGGGCCUGAUUAUAUUCACCAGAACAAAUACAAUGAGCUGAUAUGAUUUAUUAAGCUGACAUUGUUAUGGUGCCUUUUAACCUCAAAUAAUUUCGUCUUAACCCCUGAUGGACUUGACAACCCAAUGCACAUUUGUGAACUCCUUUUCUUUUUUUUUUUCGGUCAAAUUACUUUUCUACACAAGAAAAACCAAACUUUUAUUUCGUGGGAACAAAACCUUCAGAGUAAUAAACAUCCACUCCCCGAUUCACUUGAAUAAGAUAAAUCUUAAACAAAUAAAAAGUUGGCUUUCUGUAAAACACAGUAACAAAGUAUGUUCCAGCGGUCGAUUACAUCACCCACAUUGUCCCCUUUGUACGCCGUGUGAGAGGUGCGCUCCUGCUGAUGUCAGCAAUGAUCUUAGGUUUGUUGGGAGCCAGAUUAAGUUUAUACGUAAACAGCCAUCAUGUUUGACCACAGAUUGCACUUCGACUUAUUAAGGAAAGCUGUGAGUUCACAGGUCAUCCCGUACUUGGAAAAAUUAUAGAAAAUCAAUAAUAAAAGGGAAGAAAAGGUUUGUAAACACGUGGAUGAGCCGGUUCUUAAACCUUUACUCUAUCAGCUAGGUUUGAUUUUUAUAUUUUAUUGUAUUAACACAUUUUGCACUGUAUGGAAGCAGUGUACUUAUUGGUCAGUGAUACCAAUACAGAAAGUACUACUUUAACUUUAUAUUAAAGGGAUACCCUAAGCACCAAAACCACUUUAGCUUAAUGAAGUAGUUUUGGUGUAUAGAUCAUGCCCCUGAAGUCUCGCUGCUCAAUUCUCUGCCCUUUAGGAGUUAAAUCACUUUGUUUAUCCAGCCGUAGCCACACCUCCACUGGCUGAGACUCCCACAGCCUUCCUAAACAUUUCCUGAAAGUGUCUACAUUGUUUUAGCUUCCCUUACUGCACUGUGUGUUUAAUUUAGAAUUUAUUAUCUGCUGCUCUGUUAAUUGCCAGCUAACGCCUGCAGCAGCCUCCUGUGUGUGAAUUAAAGUUCAACUAACCGACCAGGAGAUAAGAAUGUCUAAAUACAAUGUGCUGUAAGAUCUAAUUGAAAAUAAAACCAUUUUUAAUGGGGGCUGUGUGAGUGACAGCCAGGGGAGGCGUGGCUAGAGCUGCAUAAACCGAAACAAAAGUGAUUUAAAUUCUAAAUGGUAGAGAAUUGAGCAGCGAGACUUCAGGGGCAUGAUCUAUAAACCAAAACUACUUCAUUAUGCUAAAAUUGUUUUGUGCCAUUUUAUUAACAAAGAUCCAAGCUUCCUGUAGUGCUGUAUAAUGCGUAUUAAUGAUUCAAAGAGAUCCUCACAUGAAAUGACUGCUGCCGGCACAUGCAAAUACUUGAAAAAUGGCAAACGUAAAACGCAGAUUUUCAAAACCUGUCCGUCAUAAUAUGCAGUCAAUCCAAAGACCACAGCGCCAUUAUAACUUUUACGUUGUUAAACUAUGGCAGUUAUUAUAACAGCAAUAAGUAAAGGGGUUAGAUGUGAAUAUUGACUUUGGGAGUUGUGUGGGUGUGAUGAGUUACAGUCCACAGCUUCACGAAACAAAUGUCCUCAACCUCCUUUGUGAAUCCUAGCAGCGUCAUUUAUAAAGGCAACAUUAUGCAGUGAUUCUGGUCUCUAGUUAACCAUUUCAGAACCACUCAACAAUGCUCUUCAUAUUGGAAACGGCGGCAGUUUAAAUACACACUACCUGUAGAUACACGACUGAGACAGUCCCAUAACAGGGUUCGGAACUGUUCUACUCUCCUCAAGGUAUUGUUUUUCAGUGUACAUUUUGAAUUCUAAUAAAUAUUAUUUUCAACGGUCCUGUUGCCUACAGUGUGACGAAUCCAAACCAAACACAGGAACUCUUUCGAGAAAUUUCGAAAACCCUUCGAGAGUACCCCGUGGACUUUCAAAGCGCUCGGAUCCUGACGGGCAGCGAGGAGGGCUCACUGGGCUGGAUCACGGUCAACUAUAUUCUGGGCACAAUCUUACGGGUUAGUUGCAAAGUCUGUCCGUGUUGGUAACCAGAUGAAUGCUCACACCUUUUAAUAACCAUGUUGACUUUUUUAUUUUAUGUGAAGUAUUCCUUUACGUCAACCUGGAUUCAUCCCGAUGGCCAGACAAUAGGAGCCAUGGAUCUCGGUGGGGCCUCUACGCAGAUGACCUUUGUUCCCUCUGUAGCUAUUGAAGACAAAGACGCAGAGAUGCAUUUCCGACUGUAUGGCUAUAACUAUACGAUCUACACCCAUAGUUACCUUUGUUACGGGCAAGACCAGUUCUUUAAGAGAGUACUUGCAGCGCUCGUAAAGGUAAGACUUGCCGGCUGUGAUGUCUUCAAAGGACGCCGGAAAUAAAGAACGUUAAUGAGGAUUAUUGGACAUAAUGCAAAUAUAAUACUUUAGCAAAUGUGUGUAUACUUUGAUCAGCACAAUUAUAUAACACAGUUACUACUUUACACAUCACUACAUGCAAAACAAGAACUGCCUGAAUUUACAAAGAGUAACUUAACGAAUUGUAAAAUCAUUUUUUUUUUUUCAUUUGUAACGAUUAGUUUUCCAUCUAUGAUUUGGUUUGAAUUAAGGGCAAAAUUACAGAUGAGUGACGCUCAAGACUAGACAUCCUAGGCCUUUAUAUGCCCGCUACCAAGAAAUAUUCAUAACUAAAGUAUUUUUACCUGUGUGUAUUUUUCUGUUUAGGAUUCCCACACACUGGCUGUUGCACAUCCUUGCUACCCCAAGGGUUACACUGCUACUGUAUCACCUGCCUCUCUAUACAACAGUCCGUGUGUACCACGAGCCAUUAUUCCGGAGCAGAACUUCACAGUGACUGGCGCAGGGAAUCCUGAUCAGUGUCGCCAAACCGUCAUGGAAGUAAUGAACUUCACCAAUUGUCGUAUAGAGCCUUGCUCCUUCGAUGGGGUCUAUCAGCCACCUGUGCACGGACUGUUCUACGUACGUUUCGCCUAAAUCUUAGGGUCUAUAUUAAAAAUAAUUCAACAAAGCUCCUAAUAUUAGCCAGUACUUUUAAACGUCCAGGGCAAAAGACAGGGUUGCGAAGAUUUCUGACCUUCAUGAGGAUGUUUGUAUAUUUCAUCACUGAAUCAUUGUCUCCUUAUUAAAAAGUAGCUGCUGUUACAGUUAAUGUUUAAAGGGACAGUCUAGGUGCCAUAGCCACUUAAAUCAAAGUUGUUAUGGAUAAUCUUAUUGUUUUUGAGCUUAACACUCUUAUUCAGAGUCAAAUAGAGAACAGUGGGAUCGCACUAAACACUGUAACCACUUCAAUGAGAUUAAGUGUUUAUGGUACCUAGAGUCUUGCUUUUACUGUCUUUUAAACAUUUUAUGUUUAGAUUUGAAACCUAUACUUGAAAACGAGACAUUUUAAUGAAUUAUUACCUAUGAAACUUGUAAAUAUUCGAGUAGCUGAUAUUGAUACCUAAUCCUGCCUUGAGUAAUCUGUCCUAUAACUCCUGAUAUUGGCAGAGAAAUCGAAGAAGGGCGAGAUAAGAACCAGUCGGUUGUCCUUUAUUCAGUGACUGAGAGUAUGAUUAAUCUGGGAAUAGGAGAGAGCUGACAAGGGAACUGCAAAUAUGGGCUAAAAGGCUAAAAAGUAAUGAACUAAAUUGUCAAACUGAAUUUAUUUCCUCCCCGAUUUUGUCUGUUUUAACCCAUAAUUUGCAGUUCUCUUGUCAAUGCUGCACAAUUACGUGUAAAUGAACUAUCGUGGCCAGUAAUGUAACCUUUUCGUGAAUUAUUCUGAGGUUUAUAUUCUGGAGUGAGCGUUAAUUAGUGAAAAUUAUUGGUGAACAUUAGUGAUAAAACAAAAUUCACUCUAUCUAAAUAUAUUUACAGCGUAAAUUAAAUAUAUACAUUUACCUUAUUUAGAAAAUGCUGUGAUGAGCAGUCCAGCAGAGUUCAAGCAAGCUCCUGUCAUGUGAAAAAUAAGGGGAUAAUUAAAAUCUGUCCCAUUAUUGGUAAUGUCAUCAUUAUCCACAUGGAGGGAGAGUGAGUGGUACAGCGAAAAGCCAGGGAUGUCCCCACUGUGUUAAUAAUGGUUUUCUCCAAUGGAAAAAUUCUACGGGAGAAACCUGACCUCUAAAGCUCAGAAUUAUCUGGCGAAGAUAAAUCUGUACUUUCCUAUAUUUUCUGGAACUUUGUUCCACUGCAUCGAAAGUUUGCUGAUUCGGUUUAGUACAUAUCCCAUUGUACAGCGCUACGGAAUCUGAUGGCGCUAUAUAAAUAAUAAAAUAAUAAUAAUAUCUCUUGUGAUGAUCUUUAUUUAGUGAGGCUCAUGCAUCCCUUGUUCCCAGAUUUAACCCCAAACUUUUUUUAUUGUUUAUCUCCAGGCAUUUUCUGCGUUUUAUUAUACGUUAAAUUUCCUAAAUCUCACCGACGGACAGUCCCUGAGUGUCACCAAUCAGACAGUCCAGGAAUUCUGCACGCUUGAAUGGAAAAAGGUAACAAAUGGUCUGUUUCAGUCUCAGUAUAUGUGGUAAUCAGGAUAUUGCGCAGCUCUAGAUGUCUGAGACAGUGUUAAAGGUGCGACACAAUGCAAUGGACAAAUGGGCUACAAUUUAGGCUUCACAAAUAUAAUAUAAACUCGCUAAACCAGAUAAAAACCAUCAAAAUAUUACAUCAGGGAUGAGAAUAAGGCUAACCUAAAAAAUAAAAAAAUAUUCAUUUGGUAUAACUUUGCCUGUAGUUUUUUUUACAUAAAAAUGCUAUAUAAUUAUUAUAAGAAGGCUUGAUUUGAUUUAGAAAGUCAAGUUCAGAGAUUAUAUCCUAUUUGGCAAAGGGGCAAAUCAGAACCCACUUCUUCACAGCUUGCAUAUUGAUGUAAAGCAUUUUAUGAUUCAGGAACUCCAGCUCGGAUUUAAUUUAUUUUUUCCUCUUUGUUUAAAAUGUUUUCUGACCAUUUUGCAGUAACUUUCUAGGGAAAAAAUGUACUUUAAGUGUCAUAAGGAGCUGGAGCUCUUACAUGAGGCCCCUGACCGAUAGGGAGCUGGAGCUCUUACAUGAGGCCCCUGACCGAUAGGGAGCUGGAGCUCUUACAUGAGGCCCCUGACCGAUAGGGAGCUGGAGAUCUUACAUGAGGCUCCUGACCGAUAGGGAGCUGGAGAUCUUACAUGAGGCCCCUGAUCGAUAGGGAGCUGGAGAUCUUACAUGAGGCCCCUGACCGAUAGGGAGCUGGAGAUCUUACAUGAGGCCCCUGACCGAUAGGGAGCUGGAGAUCUUACAUGAGGCCCCUGACCGAUAGGGAGCUGGAGAUCUUACAUGAGGCCCCUGACCGAUAGGGAGCUGGAGAUCUUACAUGAGGCCCCUGACCGAUAGGGAGCUGGAGAUCUUACAUGAGGCCCCUGACCGAUAGGGAGCUGGAGAUCUUACAUGAGGCCCCUGACCGAUAGGGAGCUGGAGAUCUUACAUGAGGCCCCUGACCGAUAGGGAGCUGGAGAUCUUACAUGAGGCCCCUGACCGAUAGGGAGCUGGAGAUCUUACAUGAGGCCCCUGACCGAUAGGGAGCUGGAGAUCUUACAUGAGGCCCCUGACUGAUAGGGAGCUGGAGAUCUUACAUGAGGCCCCUGACUGAUAGGGAGCUGGAGAUCUUACAUGAGGCCCCUGACUGAUAGGGAGCUGGAGAUCUUACAUGAGGCCCCUGACCGAUAGGGAGCUGGAGAUCUUACAUGAGGCCCCUGACCGAUAGGGAGCUGGAGAUUUUACAUGAAGCCCCUGACCGAUAGGGAGCUGGAGAUCUUACAUGAGGCCCCUGACCGAAACCAUUCAAGAUUAUUUACUAAAGUGAAUUUCAAAGGCCCAGGGGACCAAGCUAAAGCCAUAGCGGACGUGGAGAAUUUUCCACUUUGUCUAAAUUUCUCUUUAUAUUUGAAAAUCCCUUUAAUUUCUGGACAAUUCUCACUUUGGUAAAAAAAAACCUGCAUCUACAGCAGAAAUGGCAAGACUUCCAGCAAGAUCCCCAACGCACCAGAUAGAGGAAGUAGCUACACAAAGAAUUUUUAAUCUGCGAAUACCUAGCACUGGGAUCCUGGAAAAAGUUCUCAUUAAAUUACAUUGCCAUUAAUUUAAGGAGGAGAAUAGCAAUCGCUCCCUCUGUAAACAAACAUUUGGCAGCUGUGUUACUUCUAAACAAACAGACAGACAGGAUAUCUUUGUAGAGAGAAACCACUAAGGCCCAAUUAACCGUACCAAGUGGCCUGUCGUUCCAUCUCAGUCCCUAAUUAAACUUUUUGGGCCUUUCCACAGCUGGAACAAGACUUCCCUCUAGAAAAGAAGGAUCGUCUGUUACAUUAUUGCACCUCCGCCAUAUACAUCCUCACCUUGCUGCUCGAUGGAUACAAUUUUAGCGAACAAACCUGGGGCAACAUUCAUUUUACUCAACAGGUGAGUUCCACAUCAGUUUUAGGUGGAAUUAUAUUCGCUGACACUAGAUUAUCAGCCGUUACAGGAAUUUCACCUGUAGAUUCUAUUAAUGUGUAUUUACAAUAAGUGACACUGUUUCCUUAUGUAUUUAUAAUCCUAUCUAUAAACUGUUUCCAUAUUUAGUUUAUUUACAAUCCUUCUAUCUGCUAGGACAGGGCUCGGGUUACAGCGUACGCUAGAAUGAUAAGCAGCUGAGCUAUUGGUUGGUUUUUUCGAUUUACAGUUUAAAGGGACACCACACUCAAUGUUUCCAUAAUUCUAUAUAUCUACAGAGUCUUACAUUUUAUUGCGUAUAUUGAACAAUAUAAAUCUUAAUCCGUUUUAUACAAAGCCAUACCGCAGUAAUUAUAUCCGGCAUGUCGCAAAAUGUGUGGAUUUCUGGGACACUUUCAUUUUAAAGUUUGUUACUCUCAUUUGGCCGGAGGCAGGGCUAAUCAGAGACAUUUAAAGUGACCUAAUUACUAUUUAUACAAGUAAAAUGUAAUUUAGAAUGAGAACAAUGUGUCUUAUUUACACAAACUGAUUUCUAAACACAUUUAUUGUUGUUUAACCCCUUAAGGACACAUAACAUGUGUGACAUGUCAUGAUUCCCUUUUAUUCCAGAAGUUUGGUCCUUAAGGGGUUAAACACACAUUACUGGGAGUAUUAUUGCUGUGGAGCUCUGUUAUACACUCAGACACAUUACUGGGAGUAUUAUUGCCGUGGAGCUCUGUUAUACACUCAGACACAUUACUGGGAGUAUUAUUACUGUGGAGCUCUGUUAUACACUCAGACACAUUACUGGGAGUAUUAUUGCUGUGGAGCUCUGUUAUACACACAGACACAUUACUGGGAGUAUUUUUGCUGCGGAGCUCUGUUAUACACUCAGAGAUAUUACUGGGAGUAUUAUUGCUGCGGAGCUCUGUUAUACACUCAGAGAUAUUACUGGGAGUAUUAUUGCUGCGGAGCUCUGUUAUACACUCAGACACAUUACUGGGAGUAUUAUUGCUGCGGAGCUCUGUUAUACACUCAGACACAUUACUGGGAGUAUUAUUUCUGUGGAGCUCUGCUAUACACUCAGAGACAUUACUGGGAGUAUUAUUGCUGCGGAGCUCUGUUAUACACUCAGACACAUUACUGGGAGUAUUAUUGCUGUGGAACUCUGUUAUACACUCAGACACAUUGCUGGGAGUAUUAUUGCUGUGUGGCUCUGUUAUACACUCAGACACAUUACUGGGAGUAUUAUUGCUGUGUGGCUCUGUUAUACACUCAGACACAUUACUGGGAGUAUUAUUGCUGUGUGGCUCUGUUAUACACUCAGACACAUUACUGGGAGUAUUAUUGCUGUGGAGCUCUGUUAUACACUCAGACACAUUACUGGAAGUAUUAUUGCUGUGGAGCUCUGUUAUACACUCAGACACAUUACUGGGAGUAUUAUUGCUUUGGAGCUCUGUUAUACACUCAGACACAUUACUGGAGUAUUAUUGCUGUGGAGCUCUGUUAUACACACAGACACAUUACUGGGAGUAUUAUUGCUGUGGAGCUCUGUUAUACACUCAGACACAUUACUGGGAGCAUUAUUGCUGUGGAGCUCUGUUAUACACUCAGACACAUUACUGGGAGUAUUAUUGCUGUGGAGCUCUGUUAUACACUCAGACACAUUACUGGGAGUAUUAUUGCUGUGGAGCUCUGUUAUACACUCAGACACACCAACAAUAUGGAGCUCCUAGAAUAGAGGGAUAUUAGUAUAGAAAAGAGUGAUUGAGGGAUUUGGGCCCAAAAAGAGUGACCUUCCUAAAUAGGGACACUUUGGAGGCAUGCUACAAGAACCUUUUUUUAUUUUGUGUUCUACUGCAAACUCUACAGAGACCCUUUAGGACACUUUUUGUUUUAGCUGGUUAAUCCUGAGCUAUUGGGUUCAUUUUGUGUGUUUUACAGGUUGAUAAUACCGAUGUUGGCUGGACUCUUGGGUACAUGCUAAACCUGACCAACAGGAUCCCGUCUGAAGCUCCCUCACUGCUAAAGGGCCACAGUUACAACAUGUGGGUGUCCGCGCUUUUCUUUAUAGUACUGAGUAUCACCGCCGGACUAGUGGCCACUUCUCUGCAGUUUUUUCGCCGGAACGUGUGUUCAGGGCAGGGGGGAUGGAGCUGA